AUGGCAGCCCAUGAUGUAAUACUGAUGACUGUCUCUUACGACAUUUAUCGCACUUCUCCUCAAGGUGAGAUUCAAAUCGCUGCACAUUAUUUACACUCCAUCUAUUCCAAUACGCUGUGAUGGUUUCGGUGUCCGGCCAAAAUUACACUCACCGGUUACAUAAACUUCUGCUGGAAAAAGCACCCUCAUGGGCAACAGCAGGAUGGUCCAAGUGAAGGAAGUCGAUACAGGCAGGAAAAGACUCCCAUAUGCAUUUAAAGUUAUGUUCACAGCUCUCUAUUUUACAAGACAGGUUUCAAAGACAGUGUUUUCUAGUUUCUGUUGCAGAAAACAAAAAAUCACUGAGACUAUAAUGAAACUCUGUAUUAUCCCUUUGAGGAAAAUUGUAGGAGAUUAAAAUCCAUGACUAUGGCUGAAUUAUAAAAACAAAUUUAUCAUAUCAAGCUAUUGUUUUACUGCAGGGUAUGAAAAGCACAUGUAGCAGCAAUGGCACCAUGUUUUGUCUAACACUUGUUUUUCAAACCUUUAUAAAUACUGUGAGGUGAUAAGGAACUGAUCUAAUAUUGUAGAACUAAAGUGAAACUCCCUUAAGGUUUCAUUUUAACAUCCUUACAUUUAUCUGUUCUUUUGAGUCAGUUGUUUCUAUUAGGCUAAUCCCAAAAACUCACUUUUACAGACUUGCUUUUAGGUGAUGCCGUCUUUUAUCUUAUGUUGUAUAUUGUAUAUUUUUGGGGGUUUCUUAGGAGAUAUGAAAAUGGUCUUCAAUUUCUGAUGCCUUGAUUUGUGCUUUUUUGCGCUGAAGCUCUUGUGCUCUUUCACUUUCCGUCUCUUUGUAAACAUCUGUUUUUAAAAGUCCUUUACAAAUAAAGUUAUUAUUAUUAUUAUCCUUAUGAAAUGAUGAAACACUGGAGCACAGGACAAAUCACACUGUCUUCAGCCAUCUGUGAACUCAUACAGUCAUGACAAACUGGUGAUACGCUCAGGUUAACUUCUGAUGUAAUACAUGAUCCAUGAGCCUCCAUUUUUUUAUGCUCCAUCGCUGAUUGCAUUAAUGGUGUGAUCUGUCCUGCCGUUUUCUGCACGCCCUGAUAUCAUGAAUGAUCAAUGACUCCACACGCUGUGAGUGAUGUGCAGAGAGUUGAACAUUGAGCGGUUUUCAGAACUUAUUAAUUCAAGGACAUAAUAUUCAUCCGUGUAUUAGUGACGCUAAUACUUCCAUCUAGUUUUUACUGUGUUAAUUAGAGACUCCAGUGUGGUUUGCAUUCAUGAAAAAGCAUCCUGGUUUUUUUUUUUUUUUUUACAAUUUCUCUCCAUCCUAUCCAGUACAGAGGUCAUUAUAAAUCUUUCUCUGCCCGUGUGAUAAUGCAGAAAUGGUUGAAAUUGCAGAUAUAAGCAUGCCAGACCAAUAAAAUGCCAUCAAUCUGUAGUAUUUUGUUCACCUCUGCACCAAAAUAUGAUGAGAAAGAGAAGCCAGCUUCCCUUGUAAACAUACAAUUAAACCUGACAGUACCGAGCACAGGUAGACUAACCUGUAGCCUGUCAUCUCCGUGCACGAACAAUCCAUAAAAAUACCACCAGCAGGUACAGACCACAGUGUUUCCUGAAAUCUCAGUUUUUGCUGUCCAGACAAGCACAGAGAAAUCAGAGUUUUUAAAAUCUUUUAAAAGAUGAAAGUGAAGAAAAAAAUACAGAGUUCAACAUGUUUUGAGUGCUCGUGUAAGUUGUUUUGGCUGUCUGUCCUAGUCAACACCGCAGCCUACAAGGUCAUCGGGUAGAUAAACUGAGUACACUUUGUUUUGAGAAAAGUACAAAAAAGGACAGAGAAUUCUUUCGGAUGCUAGGGAGAUUGGAAAACUAUUAUCUUAAUGUGUUUAAUGGGUGUAUAGUAAAGGGUCAGUCUCUAAGGCGCAUCCCUCCAAUGGAGUGUUAUCACUCAUGUAAUAUUCAACUGGCCGCCCUGAAUCACAAAUAAAACAGGAUCAUGUGUGAGACUGCCACCGAGUUCACCUCACAACUGUCUUUGAUACUUGUUCGAUGUUCAAUCUCUAUUUCAACAAAAAUAUAUUAAAUACACAAAGACAACAGUUUAACUCCAGAUUCUUUAUUUGUAGGAGGAGAAGGAAUUUUCCUGCACAGUAACCAGAAACUGUUUUUGUUUUUUGAUAUACAGCCAAAAUGCAGAGGCAAAGAACACGUUUUCAAAAAUAUCCACAUUCAUGUGGACUGGGCUCGAGGCAAACUCUUAUUGAUCCUGCCUUACUAAAAUUAAGGAUUUUCAGCAACACUCUCUGUAGUCAUCUCAAAAUAACUUAAGUCUAAAUAAAGAGAAAAAAAGGUCACAAAAAGUGUGUAAAAUCCGACACAAUAUGCUGUCUUCUUAGGUUUUAAAUCAUUGUCAAACAGUCUGUUGGGAUAUAAUAAUAAAGACGUGGUCUUGAGUUGUCCUCUUUUUCAAUAUAUCCGGAUCACAUUUACCAUAAAUCUGUAGAUAGGUCACGUAUCUUUUUAAUCUGUAUAAAUAGGGUCUCAAAAAUAAACAGUUGUGUCCAUCAGGAUUUGCACUGAUAAUGUGGACUCCUAAAUAACACUACUCAGGUGUUCUCCAGCUGCUGUUCCACAACAGCUCUGCUAAACAAAGUCACCUCUACCUGCUGCUGCAGAGGUUAGCUGAUUAGCUCAGUUAGCCAGCAGCCAGAGGUCCUGUUUGCUGCUCUGUGUGCUCAGAGCUCCUAAUGCUUGUAUGUGUGCUUAAUACUAGAUUUAAUCUCAAGUUUAAAUCCCUUAAUGUAAAUUUAAUCUCCCUAAAUGCGGGUUUUACUCUUAAGAAAAUCCCAUUAUUUUUACUCAAUUGAAUUUCCAAUUUAUUAUUUUAUUUUACAUUUACCAUCAGCUUUAACUCAGUCAUGUGGCUCCAGGAUGAUUGGUGUGUUACUUGAAUGCAAUGUUAAGGUUUGUGUGACCCCAGUAUUCUUAUAAAAUGCUGAGAAAGAUAACAUUGUUUUUCUUGAGUAGUUCCUCCCUGUAUUUUAACUUUGGGCUGGAUCUCUUUUCAGUGAGAGAUCAGUUUGUCGUGUUGGGGAAAUGAACAGAUCACCCAGAAGCUCCUGCAUCAUAAAAUGAGCUGAAAUCCCAGGACACUAUCCCACAAUCUUUGAAAAAAAAAGUCCCUGUGCUCCUGGCCACUUACUGUGAACCUUCCUCUUUGUGAGGUAAAUGUAGGUGGUGCCACCGACUUGACACAACAUCCAAUUGACGCUGUUUGACUCCAGAAGAGGGGGCUGCUGGGUGAAUUUUCUAUUCCGAGGAACCCCUCAGCUUUGAACACAGAAAAGGCAGAAUCUGGCAGGAAAUUGAGCGUUUUCCUUUCACAAUAAGAGCGGUCCCAAGGGGAAUGCCUCUUUCAUUGAAUGUUGUUUCAUCUUUUUUUCCCCUCCCUCUCCAGCGCUUCGAUGAUGUACAAGAGAAACAAAUGCUGCACCAGUACAGGGGCGCAGGGGUUGUUCUGACAUGUUGUAUAAAAUGGGAACUGAGGUGGCAGUCGAGGUACAUCAGAUAGUUUGAACAUGUGUCCCACAGAGCUGACAUGAAAAGGCUGCAGGCUGCAAAAAUGAAAGGCGAGUGAUUUUCAAGGGUUACACAAUUUACAGCAAGAUGUGUUUAACAGAAUGAUUACACGUGCCUUAAACUUUUUAAAAUUUUAUUGAUAGUCUAUAAAAUCACCUAAAAAUACUUCAUUUUUGAUAUGUACGUACAGUUGAUGAAUUUUGGUGGCGCGUUUUUGUUGAAUUUGUUUGUUCUGCCCAUUGAAAGUAGUUCUCGUGGUUGUCUGCGUCUCUACUGACAGGGUUAACAAUAAAAGGAUUCGUCUCACCUUUUAAGUGCUGCUUUAAUCAGACAGUCCCCAGGAAAAAUGUUGCAGCACUUCCCCCAAUUACGUUUUUUUUUAUUUUGAAAGAUUUAGCUGGAAGUCAUUCUGAUACAACUUGACUCUCUUAACAGUAGCAAGCACGAGCCCCGGGCAUCCAAAUAAGGAAUCCGGCUGUUGCUGCGCGCGGACACACAGACAGACAAGGACGCUCUAGAGCCGCGAGCUGGGGACGGCGGUUCCCGAGACGCGCGCGAGCCCUCUUUCAUUUGCCGCUCCGUUAAAUCUCCACGUUCACCUGGAAGACCGUGUCACCUGAAGACGGAGGGGAUUUAAUUUGGAGAAUAACUUUUUACUAAACAAAUCUAAGAAUUUCUGGAAUACCAAAAAAAAGGCAACAUUUUCAAAGAAGGAUUUCCACCUGUGUUCACCAAAGAGGAGCAAAAGGACGUGUCAUUUUGGAACAAUGUGAGAGAAUAACUGUCGGUGGACACCUUCGGGAUUUCUGAAGCUGUUUUACGCACAAGGAGCGCAGUCGGAACUAACGGACAGCAGGACUCCUCUCUGAGUUUCCCUCCUCUUUUAUCCCACUCGCGUUAUUUGAACCACUGUUGGACAGAAUUGAUGAGAAAAAUGCGUUUUGUGGACUUACCCUAGGACUUAUCAUCUCCGGGGUUUUGGGAAUUGGUGAAUGCCCUGUAGACGCGCCGAGCUCUGACCACAGACAGCAUGCAUCAAAGGGAUUCCUAACUUACUCAAGGUAACAUUCUUUUUUUUUUCUAUUCCUCGGACUCUUACUGAUACCUCUGCACACCUUUAAGUUAAGUGUACACCCGGCAUUCACACAGCAUAGUGAGUAUCGUCUCUGCGCUUUGUUUUGGUGAGCUACGUGCAGAUUCGGUCACCGAAAAUCACCAUUUCAGGGCAAAUUUUGAGAAAAGACUGCCUUUUAAGUUGGGAAAUAUCCUGGUGGCUACUUGUUGUUGUUUAUAAUGGUGUUUAAUCGUGAUGAUGUGGUGAUGUUGUGGAGUGGCUCUGCGUUUUCAAGUCUCACACCCAAACUGCCACUGCUCAGGGAGUCGCACCACUGGUGGACAGUCGCCGUGUGGGUGCUCAGUCUGUCCGUGAGGAUGGAGGUUCUCUGGGGACCCAGUGUCGCCUCACUUCAUUCAAAAUCGUUUAUUUUAAAACUCUGGGUUUUUCCCCCACAAUAAUUUGACCCUAUGAAAACCUUAUAUUUGGACUUUUUUUUUUUAACAAAUAUCACAAAAUCCUGAAAUCAUACAUCAGAGUUUGUUUAAGCCCAACCCCAAAGCUUUUUUUUAUUUUGCUAGAAAUGACCUCCUCGCACGUCCCUCAGUGUAUAAAUCUAUUUUCAAACAUCGUUAAAGGGUUUUUAUUAUUGUCACUGCUCAUGACAAAUACAUAAACAUAUUUAACUCGCAGGAUGCUUUCGAAGAGGCACGUGUCCCGUUGUCUGUGAGAAAAGCUGCAUUGAAAAGCAUUUUUUUUUCUGUUUUAAAAUUUGGCGUUUGGGUUCUCCCUUGAAGUAUCACUCUGGAGUUUGUCAUAUUUAUGGAAACCAAAUUGUCAAUUUUCCCCUGAGACUUAAAGAGUAAACAGAUAAACAGAGAAAAGAGGGGGAGAGGGGAAAAAGGCGUUUUGGGCUCAGUGAAUGAAACUGUUCUCUUACACAAAGUUUCAACUAUUUCAUCUUGUUUUUAAAAGAAAUCACUAAAUUGUCACAGUGCUGUGUAACCUUUACAUAAAGACAGCCCACCUGUGUUUACUUCUUUAUUUGCUGCUCAAAGCUUGUCUUAGUAAUUCAUGAGGAGGCAGGGAGGAAUCCUGCCCAGUGAUGCUCGUGGGAGAGAGAGAGGAGGCACAUAGCUGAUCUCUUUGCAGUGGAGUAGGCAGAUGAACGCUCUGAGCCUCUUGCUGUGGCGCACUUUCAGUCAGCCUGGUAUCACUCACUGUUGGCCAGCAGUCUCAUUCGCCACAAAAUGGGUUGUCAUUCAGUGUCCUCUUCUGGUGCAAGGAGCCUCCCUCAUCUCUCCUACUGCUGCAGCAGAGCUCACAUGAAGUCCAAUCUGUGGCACACUGCAUGUGCACACACUAAAUGAGAAAGACAUUCAAAUCUGAUUUAUCUAAACAACUUCUAAAACAGUCCUUCGCUGAGAUUUCCUGCUUUUUUCAGCUUUGAAUACAAUGAAAUAUUCUUGUUUGUGUAUUUCCUUGCAUGGAUGACUGCGUGAAAACACCGCUUGGGAUAAAUUUAGUCCAAUUACACAGUCAUACUAUUGGGGGCGCUGCAAAAACACAUAUGCUCAUCGAUGCCUGUAUACAUCAGGUGAAAUUUCCAUUAGCAUAUGCCCCUAAUCAUUGUUGAUUCAUAGCUGCGCAAUGUUACCUUUCUGCACUCAGGGGCAGGGCUGAAAAUGCUCUGUCAUGUUGUAUGUUUUCACAAUAAAGUGUUAGAGUCUCAACAGGUGAGGUCACGUCUUGAAAUACCUGCGAUGAAAGAAAACUGUUUCAGGCUAAUUUAAUCUGUGUAAUGCAGCGUCUCACAUUGCUGUUACUGUUUUGAUGCCUGCUAUGCAUGCUUUGAUAUGGACCUGCACAAACGAAGCAGAGGCAAGCACAAGCUGCUGGGCUUUACCCAUACAAGAUAUUAAAUUGCGUAACCGCAUUUAUUGAUUCAAACAAGGAGCUGAUAAAAAUGACUGAAUGAAAUGAAUUUUGAACUAUUACAGAAGGCAAUUAGACUGCUCGGUAACAGAGAUUGAUGACAGGCUUUUGGUUAGCAGCUGUUAAAACAGCCCAACAGAUUUCUACAGAGGUAAGAAAACAUGAGGCAUUUAAAGGUCAAAAAACACUCAAGGAAACCCUUAAUAUGUCCUGUUCUUUGGUGCAUUACUCGACUGUGUUCAAUCCAACUCUUUUCCUCCUCUGAUUCCCCCUGUUUGCUAAUAUGAGACGUCGUCACAGUGAGAUGUAGAAAUAGCUUCCCACCAUUUAACCUGACAGAACAGCAUGUUGUCUUUAACUGCUCCAGUUUCAACACAAACACUCAAAGCAUAAAAACAAUCAGGGUUUAAGUCAGCUCAGAUUCCAGCAAAGAUAAGCCACGAACAUGUGCAAUAGAAAUGUGCAAAAAUAUGACAAAGGUGAAACGUAACAUUAGACAACACCACCAUGGUCGAUACUGGGAUGGUUGUCCAGCUAAAUGUUGCUUCAUGGUGCAUUCCCUGCAGUAAGGGAAGAUGUUUAUAGGUAUCCUUUAGUGUCAUAUCUUUAGCUUCAUCAAAUUGAUGCACAUCUGUAAAGCUAUUGAACCGUAGUGCUAAUUCGGAGAAGCUUCAACUGGGUAGAAGAAGUCGCCUGCAUCCUAAAUGGGUUAAUUCAUUAAUUCAUGAAAUGUUGAUGAUAAAACAUGAAUGACAGUGUGUGCAGUGUGGGAGCAUGACACAGUCUGUCAUCAGCAUACAGUUUGUAAGACAUUUAAGCAGCUAUUGACACAAACAUCGAAUAAAAAAUAGACUAAAAUAGGAAGAAUUAAUGGAUUUAAAUGAGUUGAUCUGUUAAACAUUAGUAUCAGUUUUGGGACUUUGCUGAUUUUUGUCAGGAGGAGGGACACAGGCCCCCAAAUCAGCCCAAAUAUCUUUUGGUUUGUUGCCCACUUUGGACUUACACAAGCAACAAUCGAUCUAAGAGGUACAACUGUGCGGCACCAGCUCAUGGUUACGAAGAUGACAAGUGGUUGGAAGGUUGAUCGAAACACGGUGAGACUAAAAAUACUGCUAAUACAAAAGAAUAAUUGUGGUGAGAUGAGUCAGUAAAUGAGCUAAAAUCACUCUUUCCCCUGCAGCUGAGAGUUCUCAAAGAAGAAAGAAUGAAAAUGGGAAUACAAAAGAAUUUAGUAGUAACCAAAAGAGGAAAUUAAGGAGGAGUCGCUCUGGGCUUUCACACAUAAAUGUUCAAGAUUGGAGGUCCUCAAAGUAAAAAAAACGACCACGUGGAUUUUUGUUCAGUAAUGACGUCAGGGCAGCAGGAGUUCGAGGUUCAUAUGGUCCAGCUUCACAACAUCUUCACUUAAACAGAUAUUUUUUCAUCUCUGGGAGAUAAAGUAACCUUCUUCUACCACAAAAUACCUGCAGGACUCCCUUUGAGUGGCACGGUUGCGGUCCAGUGGUUUGAACUGCUUACUGACCCCUCAUUAACAUCAAAUGUUUAGAUAAAGGCCUCAUAGAUGCAUUUCAACAUCCUGUAACUUAUGUUCAACAAAUACAUACCACUACUCGGGUGUUUUGUUGAAUAGGAAGUGAAUAACAGUGUGGGACCUGCUGCAUGACGCUGAGGAUAAUCAGGCACAGGACCUGUCUGCGCUGAAGACGCCACAUGCAUCACAGGGGCAGUGCCAGGUUCAGGGUCUAAAAACGCCCCCUCACCCCCCCAGGUACGGAAAUUAGCAGUCAACUGUUCUAUCCACAAGAAAGAGGGCAGAUUACAGAAAUAGACUCCACAGUCCUGACAGGCACGGCUGGCUCCGAGUCACAGGGAUGAGACAACCCGGCAACACAACACAGGCCUUUCAGAGGCAUUCAGGCGUGUUUUUUUAACCUAGAUGUCCUCCUUUGUUUCUGCAUCUUACAUUCCCCCCGCUGCCUCGGAAAAUCCCAGCGCUGUCGACUCACUCCUCCUCCCUCCAUCUUCUCAUCCUCUGAUCACUCCUCCUCCCAAACAAGGCGGCAGUGUCCGAGGCUGUGGGUGCCAUCAGCGGAGCUCAUAUCUGAAUUUGUGACAUCAGAGGGAGGAAGAGGAGACAGUGAGGUGGGGGAAGACAAAGGGAGUCAUUGAAAGGGGUGAGAUGAAUAGAUUGGUGACGAGAAGACAGUGAGCGGGACGACAGAAGAUGGAUUAAAAGAAAGAUAGAGUGGGACUGUAGAAACAGUGUUGGGUGACAUAGACAGACAGUGCUAUUGGGCUGCCUCUGAGCGCUACACGUCGCUUUGUGUGUGACACCCACCGUGCUGCAGACUAAAUACUCAAUCAGUCAGCUCAGACAGCAGACUCAGACACUUACAAACGCCACACUUUGAAGGUGAAAUAGCAAACACCGCCUGUCCUGAACACACCCAAAGGCCUCCUGACAGAGAGCCUCUCUGCUCGGAGGGACUUGGAGGUUGACCAGAUUCUGUAACACCAUUGGCUGCUCUAAUUAGGGCCUAAACAAGGAGCUUGGGAAGGAUGCUUAAUGAGGCUUAGCCGAUGUGUGGAGUGAGACAGGAACUUAGGCUGACAACCAUAAAACAGCCACAAAGCUUUACCAGGAAGUGCCUCAAUGGCUGCAUUCACACGUCGGCGCUCACGCUGAACGUCUAACGGCUAUUUUAGUCGACAGUUUGGAUUGAUGGGAGGGUCAAUGAAGAGGGUGACUUUGUCAUUAAGACGAUGAUUGUUUUCCUGUUUUCCAGUCAAUAAGCUGGUUGUAAACACGAGUAUUUUUAAACCUUGAAUAAUUAUUUUCGACCAUGAUAAAAAAAGUCUACAAAUUAAGUUAAAUUUGCAAGAGAACAACUUUUUUAAACAUAACUCCCCUCUUCCUGACAGCUAUGAAAUCAUCUGGUCACAGCUUUUCAGCCUGUUGGGAAGAAGAACAAAAUAAGUGUUAGCCAGGUGAACCUGUGAGGAGGAUAGUCACAUUAAUACUACGCAGAGCAACUUGAGCAUCUGUUUUGAAUAGUCUGGCAGUCUAAACGGUUUUUGGACUUUGCCUUUUGCCUGCCUGUCGUAUUCAGCAUUAAAAAUGCCAACGACACCCUUAUUUUUGUGUGUUCUGGAUCACAGUAUCUGGAAUUUUGUCUGGAUCAGGAUCAACCUUUGACACCUCAUAAAACUCAUUGAGAUCCUUUUGUGUCAUUUUUUACUAAAGACUCUGGUCAUUUUUAUAAAGUUAAAUGCAAAAAUUCCAAAAUGUGCCCUAUCUCACAAUGAUAAAGAAUCCUUCAAAAAAUUCCUGGAUCCAGAAGGCGAUCCGGAUCACCACCAAAAUGUAAUGGGAUCCUUUUGGGGCUGAGACGCACCUCUGGUGAAAAUUUCAGAUCAAUCCGUCUGUAACUUUCUCCGUAGAGUUGCUAACAGACAAACAAACAAACAAACCAACCAAUGCUACCAAAAACAUAACCUCCUUGGCGGAGGUAAAAAGACUUGUGCAAUAAGUAGAAAUGUCCCCAAAAACCCUUGACGUUAUAAGAUAUGUUCACCCACCUGAUAAAUAUCCACCCAAUAAUCACUCUCUUCCUGUUCUUGUUUCGACUCUGAGAAAAAUAUCAGGAUCUGUAGCUGUUACACUCUCCUUUGUUGUUUCGCUGUAAGCUAUGAAAUAGUUACGUUAACAGACUUUUAAGGGUUAGUUUGAUGACAUUUAGUGAAAUAUUUACAGUUUCAAAAACAGUGAUCGAGGCAGGAUAAGUUUAAUGUGACGAUCUUUACCUCUUGAUUUACGGCGUGCUUGAAAAUAAUGAUAUUUGUCCAAGUAAUGUGAUCAACUUAGUCUUGUUUGUUGAGGAUUCAUUUAAGAGAGACUGAUGCUGGUUCUUUUCACUGCAGAAUGAGCAUGUGGGCACUGACACAUUGAAAAGCUCCAUAAAUUAAGCAACCUCUGGGCAGGAUUACUGCUGACGCACAGUUGUAGAAAUUUGUCAUGCCUUGGGUGAAGUCAAGAACUGUCAUGUGGUGUGAUUGCAUGUUGCCAGGGUGACACUUGGCACUCACUAGGAAAAGAGAAAACAUUCAUCGCAAACAGAUCAAAUGAAUUAUAAAUGUUACCUCUUUUAUUACUCUGCUCAUUCAGGGAUGAAAUGACGGCAGUCUUAGGAGAAAGAGGUCUGUGUGAUCACUUAAUAAUUCCUGCCGUAGAGGUAUAAAAGCUGUGUAAGUGCUACAUGGAGCCUUUUGUCUGGAGACAACUGUCGAGAGAGCAGCCAAGCAGAAAUCCAGGUUCAGGCUGGCAGCUUGACAAAGGUGUUUAUGAGCAUCAAAACACAAAUCCUGUGUAGAUUUAACAGUCUACAUCAGUCUUUAAAGAGAGUAUCUCCAAACAACAGAGCUCUCUCAUCCCAAACCUCAGCGGUGUACUGUGUGCAGGCAUGUGUUUGAGAAAGUAAUGCAAGAAACACAUUUCAGAAAAUCUCUAACAACUAUUUAGGACAAAUUCAAAGAGAAUGUGUUGAUCUUCGAGAAACUGAACAAGCUCCUGUGGAGAUGGCUCAUUUCUCAAACCUGGAAAUUAGCAAGUCGUGAGGAGAAGAUAGCAUGGGACAAUUAAUGCAGAUUAAAAGGUGGUGAUGGUGUAAUUAUACACUGUCCCCAACUGGGGAUCUUAUUACGCUGCAUUGUCAUCUGAACAACACUGUUGACUAUUAAGGAUGUAGUGCACAUUAUUAAUAUAUUGGUCACUAUGCUUAUUUUCCUGUUUUUUCAAGCUCCUAAAAUGAACUUUUGCUGUUUAUAAAACAGGCUGGAAAUUAAAUCUAUACCUCUUUAUGAUAUGAACGGACAAACAAGACCAGUAACAAGAAGAGUGAUUUUGAUAUGGUUUUGGCAAUAAGUAUUUAUUACAAAUGUAUAACCAAAAGAAAGCAAAGACUACUGUACUUCACUGACCAAAAUCAUCAAAAACUGAAAGUCAGUCACAGGAGCUUUAAUAAACUGAAUAAAAGUUUCACUGAUCGAUAUUUAGAUAAUAUAAAAUGGAAAUGUGUUGAACAAAUACUGUAUCAUGAGAACAUGAAUAUUACUUAGUGUUGCUUUAAGUCAAUUACUCACUCUGUUGCUGAUGUGACAGUUUCACAAUCGGGAUGAUAUUUUGAUUUCUUACAGUGAAACUCCUUGUCCUUUUUUAGUCUCAAAAAGCGUUACUGCAACUAGUUUUGUGUACCAAAACAAGGAGCAAGUCAGUCAGUCUGUAUAUUCACAAGCACAGUUAAGUUGAGCUACGGUUAUAGCUGUAUUAGGUGAUUUUACUGGACGUCUGUCCUUUUCCUAGAUCACAUGCACUGGGCAAGGACAGAGGUCUCCCUCUGCUACAGUAGGUGACUAUAUGUCCUCACCAUGCUGUAAGCUAACGUUAUGAUGAAAUGUGCUUUAUAGAUAGAAUUGCUACUACUAUUGUGCCUGUUUCUGUUACUAUUGUAAUGAUACAUGUGAUGUGAAAAAAAAGAAAAAAAAAAAAACAUGUUUGAAAGUACCAAGCUUGAGACGAGAGACAUGCAUGUUUGGUGGACUAAAAGAUUUAACCUGGUAUACCUCAGCCAGUCAUUUAAUCAUAUUACUAAAUGUAUUAUUGAAAGCCAGAAGUGCAUGUCUGGUGUGUUGGGGCUGUAGUUCAGCCUCCUGCCACUAGCUGGAGCUGCUAUUAUUGGCUAUUGCCAUAAUGCUUGAACGCUCUUCUAUCCAAACUUGAACAAGCUGUGAUGGAAGACGUCAUCUCGCAGUGUUGUAGUAUGUCAGUAGUUUGAUCUAUAAAAUGGAGAUAAAGUUGUGUGUCUGGUUAAUUUGAUAUAUUUUCCAGUGAUGCGUUUACAGAAUUGGAGGCUGCAGUUCCAGGACCCCAAUUCUGGGACUGCUUCUGUAGUGUGCCUUGUGUUGUGGCACUUUUGGUUAGGGUUAGGAUCAGGGUAAAGGUUAUGUUUUGAUGACAGAAGCUAAAAAAACAGCAAAAGUGUCAGAAACGUGGUCCCAGAAAUGCAGCAGUGAAUCUGCGUUGUCUUGGUCUACAGCUGCACAAUACUCAUAUUAUCUGGAAUAUAGCUUUAUGGUUCUCACGUCAGCCCAACCUGAGCAUUAAGCGACACUUACUGGGAUGCUGACAAGAAAAACUUUAUGUGAAGUAGGAGCAACGUUUCCAAUAUGUCUUCUUCUUUUAAACAUGCGCCCCACCCUUAAAAUCCCCUGUGAUAACUGAAAAUUAAGACAACAGUUCAAACAGAGUUACAGCUUAUAACAAACAGUGAGCUUGUUUUUGGUACAACAUCACCUCAGGUCUUCUGCAUAUGCUGAUCUGAUCCCCACAACAGUCUCCUUCUUCCUUUGUGAGGUAAAAUACUUUAGGUGUUUAGUUUCAUAACAUUUUUUGGGGUAUGUUAUUCUGGAGUUGGACCACAGGGGACUGCACUUGGUCCUCCUGAAUUUAUUAUGUAGAUUAAUAAAAUGGUACACAGCACAUUUAAUGUUACCAUUCAGUGUUCAGUGUUUAAUCCCACAUAUUGAGCUGUCAUCAAUUCCUAUCUUCAAAGUCAAAGUUGUGUUAAAGAAUAAAAAAAUCAAGCUGCAGCAUGACAGACAAUUUCUCAAGGCGAACUGACACUGAGGCUGCCGUCUCUGUUUAACGCUGGAGGCCUUACUUAUAAACAGCCUAUUUAAAAUUGCAUGGGGGUAGUUUUCAAACUUUUUGUUUCAGAUGCCGGUACAUUUCUCCUCCCUUAGAUGUCUGAAGGUGUCAGACACCUUUUAUCACACCGCCCUCUGGGAUUAGACUCUGGUAGGAAAUUUACAGCACAUUGCUGUGAUUUGUAUGCUGUGGCUGGAUGGUCAUCUCUUUAUAUGCAGAGAUCAAUUCACUGCCUUACAUUUAUUUAUAAGGCCAUUCUCAGGUUGUCUCCUUCUUACUUAUGGCUCUUUAUGGCUUCAAUCUGGGGGUAUCAGUAUGGUUUAAGGUCAAAGGACUUUCACUCUCAGCUUUAGCUUUAAGAGCUGAACUGAGCAGAGAGAAGAAAGCAUUCAGGCAUGCUUUAGCUGAAGACUGACCUACCAAUGACUUCCAAAACGAGGAGUGAGACUAAGUAAACUCAAGAGUAACACUUUCUCUGGACACUAAAAUAGACUUGAUACCCUUCAACCCCAUCUUUUCUUCUUUCUUUCAAAGACUUGGUCUGAUGCAGGUCGUUGCAGGGCUCUGUCCUGUCAUUAAUUGCAUUUUCUUGUCUCAGUUUUCUUGGAAAGGUUUCACCCCUGAGUGAGGUCAGAGGAAUCCUCUCUGGUUAGCUGUUACUCUGUGUAAACAUCUCACUCCAUCUGCAGAUAACUUGCUUUUAGACCAGGGUGAAGCUCCCAGGUAACUAUCAGUACAUCUGGCCAAAAGCAAAGUGCUGGUCAGAAAUUCAGGAGCCAUUUUCAAAAGAGAAGGAUGGCUCUUGUCAUAAUUUAUGGACAACUAAGCUGUAAAGAUUGCUGGCUUUGGGAACCAAUGUUGAUGAAAGCUGUAUGUAGUACUAGCUGCUUCAUUGCAAGUCAAGGACUUCAAUUAGCAGGAUUCUCUCGCAUGUUUGCUAUUUUUAACUUCACGUCAGCAAGUGUGUGAGAGAAAGAGAGGGAACACCUUCACACCUCGCUGUGCUCCUCUGGAAUCCUCCCAUCAAAAAGAGACGGAGAAGCAGGUUAUCUGAACCAUGUCAGCUUCAGGCCUCUGUGCAGUAUGCAUUCAAACAUGCAGAAUAUUUGAUAUAAAAGGGCAAAUAUAAUGUAAAUACAAAUAUCAAACAAGUAAAACAAAAACAUUUUUGAAUAAGUGAAGGAAACAUUUUUUGGCUCUUUUGGAUUUAAUCUUUGACUCACUGACUCAGAGAUGCAUGCAAGGUUUGGUAAAUAUGCACAAAAUAGCUUUCAUACUCUUGCGUGCACCAUAAUAUGCACGAAGGAUCAAAUGCUUUUAAGUAAAUGAGCAUUGUUUCUCUAAAGUAAAAACUGCAAGUUCAGGCUCAGGUCAAAGGAAAUUUCAGUAUACCUGUAAGAUGAUAACCGUCUUAAAGUUUAAAAAAUGAAUUAAAAAAAUAAAUAUUGCACUAACAUAAGUGGGUUCAUAGUGGGAGGCGUAAUGGUUCUUUACUCUGGUCAGUAUAACAAAGUUAAGAUUGAGAGGAAAAGGUAUCAAGCUGGUGAAUUUUUUCUGCAGUUUUGUGGUACCUACCGCUGCGCAAAUUAUGUCCAAAGAGGUGACGGAUAAAAGCAAAGUACUCUACCUGCACUCCAAAACAAUUUUCUCACCAAUGUGGGGGAUAGUUGGUUUGGCCUAUCAGGAUACAGUCUUUGACAAAGCAGCCCAGAUUUGAUUUUAACCUGCAGCCCUUUACUUUAAAAAAAGUUCACCAUCAACUCAGGAUAAGUUAUGAUGCCCCUUUCACGCAAACUCUGUGAAUGCAGCUGAGAAAUUAAAUAAACAUUAAACAGCCAAAAAAACUGGUGAGUUCAGAGUCCAGAAACAAUGAUAAUGACAGCUAUCAUCAGUGGAUUAGAUUACUGUUAUUCUCAUGGUGUGUUAAUCCUUAUACCAUGGGUGAUUCACUUACAUGUGAUCACGUUUUAUACCAUGUAAAUGUGAGGAUUAGAUUUUUAUUGACAUUAAUUGUGUUUGUCUUAUCAUCAUCGCAAAUUAAAAUUAUUUUCUUUACAAAGUGAAAAUAAAAUCUGGGUCACUCAGUCCUCGGUACAGCACACCAACUCCUUGUUUUUAGCGAUUUUAUGUGAAAGUCAGGACUUCAGCAGUAUUUUAGCUGAAGUUAACCCACACACUUCUGUUUACACUGGCAAACUCUGAAAGACUCGGGGAGCAGAUGAUUACAACAAAUACCGUCUGCUGCUUUUUUAUUAUCACACAGUCAUGAGCUGCUAAACAGGCAGGGUUUUUAUUAGCAUCACAGGCUGUUAGUCCUUAAAAUAGCAGCAUUUAUGCUAAUAUCAUGGAUUUUAUGAAAUAUGAAGUUUCUUGUUUUUGUAUAUUUGUAGUUUCACAGCUCCGUUUUUGCUGUCUUUAAUAUGUUAUGUUGAAUUUAAGUGUAUGUAGUGUAGCCCUAAAUAUGUGUUUGAUCUUGCAAGAGGAAACACCAACAUCAGAAAAACCGCUGCGGGCAAAAAGCUGCAGGUGCUCCCCUGAAGCCAAGAAAUAAGCUGUGUUCAAAGGCUUCACUAUAAGUUUACACUGUUUUUUGAGCGAUGACUAACAUCUCAAAUAAGGCCAAACUUCUCACAACCACGCCAGCGUUUUCACUCCAACAUGAUAGAAAAAAAUACCACAGGAAUUAGUCACAUGUGUGUAGGCAUGUUUAUGGCGUUUCUCCCCCACGCACACACUGAAAAUGGACACCUAGCUGGAGAAACCACAGAUGGUUCACUUAGCUUCCUCCACAGCUUUCUCAGCAGAGUCGUGACCCUCUCUCCGGCCAAGGAUUUAAGUUCUUAUCAACACAUUAUGCUGAAAUUUCUGGUGCUUUUUUAAAAACAUUUCUGGCAUACUGUUCAUUCAUUAAAUAAUCAUAGCUUCAAGCAGAGCCUGAAAAGGAUCUACAGGAGAUUUAGAGAUCAUCUCUGUGGUUAUGUUAGUGUUGAUACCUAUGUAUUGAUAAGCAUAUGUACAUCAGUCUGCAAAUACACACAGAUGCAUGCUGCUUCUGUUUGAGAUCACACAGCCUGCUGCUCUCUUCAGGGUGUCUUCAUGAAGUAGACACAGGUAGCUUCACGGUGCAGGGUGAACUGAUCUCCUCUUUAUCCUCUGAGAUGAGGCCCGAGGAAAUCUCUGAUCUGGAGUGGCUAGAUAAUCAUCCGUAGCUGAGCCCCUGAUUUCCAUCUCUAUUCAACUCUCCCCUGGAAGCUUCACGAACUGCCAUCAAAAAACUGGAACUAAUCAGGGUUAUUACCACUUUCCCCACUGAACGGCACACUUCUCCAGAUGUGGGAUCUGCUUCACUGCAGCUGCUCUUCUUCAUGUUGAUGUUCAGACUCAUAUUUAUUUGCUUAUGUGUCCAGCAAGAAGAAAACAUACAAUCUCGAUGCCAAGGAAAGCUGUGAUGUUGAUGGUUUGCCGAUAAUUUAAUCACUGUCUUAAACUAAAGAUAGAGCUAAGGCAACAUAUCAUGAAUUGAAGCUGAAAAUGAUUGUAUGGUUCUAUGAAAGAUAUAUGUUCAUUUCAAACUUGAUGCAGGUUUCAUGUCUCAAAAAAAGUCAGAGCAGGGACAAAAAAAAAAGACUGAACAAGUUUUAUAAUGUUAAAAAACAGCUGGAGCAACAUCUCCCGAGCAAAAGUGUUGAUUUGCAACAGGGUAGUAACAUGUCUGGGUAUAAAAAGGACAUCCAGAGAGGCUGAGUGUCUCAAAGGCAAAGACGGGGGAGGUUUACCACACUGUGAGAGACUGUGAGAUAAAACACUGCAACAAUUUCAGAAUGUUUCUCAGUAUAAAUGUACAAAGAAUUUGGUGAUUUUAUCAUGUACUGUAGAUAAAACAAUACUGGCUGUCCCUAGGGCAGCAUUGCAUCAAAAACAGACAUGACGGAUCAUUUCCAUGAAGUAAUAAUCAUCUAACUAUUUGUUUUGCACUGCAGACGCGGUAGUUCUUCUGCCUUAGCGUCUCGGUCUGAUUGCAUUUCCAUGAAGUAAUGAUCAUAGAUGUUCUUCCUUGAGCUGCGAAACUCCACUGCACUGGGUGAUCAAGUCGUCAGGGUUCACCCACAAUGAGUUGUUUUUAGUCUCUUUGCAAAAGAAAUCAGGCAAAGCUAAAAAGAUGUUCGGUGGCUAGUACUAUGGCUGGGACUCUAUAUGUACUGUUGAUGAAGUUAGGUGCUGUUCUGAGCAUUAUUUGUGGCUACAGCGUGGCUUUUUGGUUGAGCUUUGCCCGUGGAGACGUAGACCGCUGUGUAUAGCUAUCUUGCGGUCGUUACUAAAGUUGGUAUAACUAGAGAAGCAAGCAGUUGGCAACAUUCAUCUAUUGAGGGGGUGUCUAACUCGGUGUCACGGUGUGUUUGACCCUAACUUAAUUUUUCACUGGAAUAUCCCUUUAAUGCUGAACAAUAUCUGUGGGUUUAGGAGCAGCGUAUACUGUCAUCCAGACAAUUACUUAUCCAGGUAAGACCUUCAUAUUUCAGCAAGACAAUGACAAACAGCAACAACAACAGCAUGGCUCUGUAGUAGAAGGGUCUCGCCACCAAACUGGCCUCUCUACAGUCCUGACUUUGUCCCCCAUUGAAAACAUUUGGAGCAUCAUGACUCAGAAAUACAAAAGAAAAAGAGCUUGAACUGUUGAGAGGCUGAAAUCCUGUAUCAGGCAAUAAUGAGUCAUUUUAUUUUCAGAACUUCAUAAACUGGUUUCCAUGAUUACCACAUGUUUACGACCUUUUUCCAUAAGCGAGGUUCUUCAACAAAAGGACAAACAUGUCCCUCUUUCAGCUUUUCAUGCCAGAAUAUAUGCUUGAAAUGAUUCACAAACCAUUAAUUCUGUUUAGUUAUUGUUCACAGCACAGCAUCUAUUUAGAGAUGAAGGUUGUUUAAGUCAUAUAAAGGCUAGGACAUGUUUUAAAUAUGUUUGUCUCGGGGUUCUUAGGCUCAGAUGUUUACUCAGAGAUUUCAUUAGGUGAGAUUCCACUAAUGCUGGCCCGACCCUAUAAUUAGAAGCUGCUUAUCCUCCUGGAGACUUUUAUUAAAGCAGAGAGAGUAAAAAGCUGCUGCCGUUCCCUCAAAGGGCUAAAAGCCACUAGAAUUAAGUUAAAAAUAAAUCUCAUGGAAACACUUGCCCCUGGCCUUUUCUGGGUAUGAGGACGCUCCUGUUUGAUUUCAGUCACAUUAUCAUCAUCACAUGUUUAUCAUAUUUGUCAUCUCCUGGUUUGAAAUGGGCGACUCAGAGGUAAAAGCUGACACAUUUGCUGGAGUUGAGACCUGACUGGUUUUCUGGGCUUUUGGGACAAGUCCAAAUCCGGUCUCAUGUUUGUCACAGCACAUCUCAAGUCAAGUUCCAGCAGUUUAAGGCGAGCCAAGCUUCAGAUCUGUCAAGGAAAGUUUGACUCAAGACUUGAGGAGGGUUUCUGUGAGUGUUAUGGAAACAUGGCCGUGCCCUGGGCCUGGGCUGACCCUCUGCCCGUCCAGAGCCCCUGGGAUAUGUUUUAAGAUCUAUUUUAAUGAUAUUCUUGCAGCCAGAUACCAGAUACAGUAGACGUGAAAACAUCGGAUGGAAAGCUUUUAGAUCAAUGUUUGUUUUUCUUUUUUAAUUUGCUCAUGUGUAUCCUGACGCUGUUGAGUGUUGAUGGAUGAUGCUGAUCUGCUGUAACAUCGAACGCAAUGUGGGAGAUUCCUCUGCAGAUCAGACUCCAACAAAGCUGGUGUUUGCAAAGGCAAAGCUGUCCCUGUCUUGAAAUGCAGAGGUGACUCAUCCCACAGAGGGGCAGACAUCCAGAGCACAUCUGCUGGUGAUUUGUCUUCUAUUCCAAAAACGUCCUGCUAAACUUUCUGUAUCCAAGAAAAACAAAAAAAAAAAAAAACAAAACAGGGGAAACAUGUGGCUGUGAAGUGCUGACUUUCUGAUCUGCGGUUGUCAGCUGUGUUGUACGGCCCCUCUGCUGAAGUGAGGAGUUUACCCCCCCCUCCCCAAUACACACACACACACACACACACACACACACACACACACACACACACACACACACACACACACACACACACACACACACACACACACACACACACACACCAUGUUCCACCUCAUUACAUCUACAAUGUUGUUUUUCUCCACUUAGAGGACAUUACAGCUGGAUACUGAGCUCGGCAUAUUCUGUCUACUUGAGCACUUGUUAAUUUGCUGUUAUGCUCUUUCAUGUGGAGCUAAUGGUCGACAAAGAAAGACAAAAAAACAGCCGAGUGCAAUUUGUGAGAUUAUUUUCCUCCCUCUUUUUCCAACCUGACCUCUUUUAUUUCAUUUUUCAUACUUUCUUCUUUAUUUCUUUUUUCCAUAUUGACUCCCGCUCUCAAAUUGCUCUUUUCUCAUAUCUCAUCUCUCUUUCUCUCCUCUCCUGUCCUCUCGAAUAUCUGCUCUCUUUUGUCUCACUUCUGCCCUCCUCGAUCCAGCUCUCUCGUCAUCCCUCCACUCGUUCUCUCAUGCGAUCUCCUCUCAAAGUUCACCUCCUGCCCUGAUUUCUUUCCAGCUCUGGCGGUUAAACUCCACUCCCCUGUCCUCUCCUGCCCUUACACCCUCUCUUCUUCACUUCUCUCCUUUCCUCUCCUCUCGCUGAUGGAUGGCGCGGGUCAGUGUUUGGCCUCUGACAGUGAUAGCCUCUGUCACUGUUCGGGGUCUGUAGCGGUUAGUGUUAUCGCUCUUCCCCUCCCCAGCUUUAUCGGCAGUCUUUUCAGGUCAUUGACUCGAGUCUGCAGGGGGAGUGGGAGGUUUUUUGCGCUUCUGGCUCACUUCUGUUCAGACGCAACAGGAGACUCAAUACAGCCAGAGGUUACGGUGUUGGACUCUCAUAAAAAAGCUGCCUAUUCUUUUUUUUUUUUUUUUACUGAUUCCUCAUUUUUCUCUGUUAGCAUAGAACCAUAAUCCUGCUGCCUUUUGAAAGAAGCACAAUGACUGAAAAAUACAAUAAAACUGAAGACAUAACCUAAAAUCUUGACUAUAUGAGAUACAAUUCUCAGAGGAAGAAGGAUUCAACUAUCCCUUUGUACCAAGAUUCCCAAUGCAAUCAGUAAUGUCUGCAGUGUGCAGUUUCUGUGCGACCGUGUAGCGCUCCAUAAAGCACUGUUUGUUUUCUUCAUCAGUCCUGCAUGAUAUCAGUGCUGUGGUUAAGCUGUGACAGGCAUGAAACGUGGACUUCCACCUCAAGCCUCAGCACUGACCUCUGCUGGUCACUUGUUUCAUGUCAAGGCGUCUUCUCAACCAAAUGCAGUUGCAGCAGAUGACUGGUUCUGCUCUGGUGUUGACAGAAUAUUAUUGGGCCCAGUAAAUUAUCCUUGGAUAUCUGCAAAUAGUAAGAAAUAUUCAAAAAAAUUCAAGGUAAAUAUCAAUAUUAAAGAUCAAUACUACAAUACAACUGCUUUAUUUUGGCUGUGCUGAUUCGUCCAAAUGUUGACGACCGAAAAAUCUUUAAAACAUCUAGGCAAAGAUCGUAAUGAAGUAAGAUGCCUCACUCCACUGGAAAAAACACAUUUGGCGACAAUAGUAGACAAGUGAAUUCAUUGAGGACUUUUUUCAUCAUCAAUUUUUUUCGAAUCGACUAAUCGUUGCAGCCCUGAUGUUUGCAUUUUAUAUUAAAUGCGACAGACAGAUCUGCAUGCACAGCAGCCAGCUCUCUGCAUGUGUUCAUGUAAGAGGAUGCAUUGAAGACAUUGCAAACCAGGAGCUAGAGGGUUAAAGUUUUGCAUCAGGUCUUACAAAUGACACCAUUCAUCCUGCAGUGCACAUGACAGUUUCAAUGGUCAUUGUUCAUCCCUAGUCAACCUGAUGGGUCAUGUCCUCCAAAGAGACGAGGUUCAGGUGAGACGGUUGUUUUUCAGGCCUGAUUAGUGAUGCAGGAGUUUCGUUUUGUGUUUGGUGAUAAGUUGGAGCAGAACACUGAAGGUGAAAACAGAUUCAAUGACUGAGCAGAAACUUGAAGUUGAAGUGUCCUUGCUGGAGUCUGUGUUGUGCUUCUGUAAAGGGUAUAAUCGGUGGAUUUAAUUGCGCCUUAUCCCUGAAAACAGCUACUUGUGUCAGAAAACUGUUGACAUGACAUGAGUCAGCCAAAAAAAUCAACGCACAGAAGUGAACAAGGCUGAAAACCUCUGCAGAGUAGAGAGUAACUGCAGAGAUGAUCCUCUGUUGCUUUUUCAGUUUGUUGGUUUGAUUGAAAGCAGUUGACAUUCAAGGUUCAAGGUAACUUUAUCGAUUCCUGUAGGUAGAUGUGCAAAAAAGCAUGAUACAAAGGACAGUAACUAAAUGAAAUAAUAAAUAAAUAAGUUGAGCCUGUCACCUCUCAGAUUUUCAGUAGCAUAUGUUUUUUUUAGGUAGAAGUUUUGCUGAUUGUCAUUCUGUAACAACAUUCACAUGCCAGCUCCUGAAGGCCAAAUCUGCGUUUUACAUUUCCAGGUGAACAGAGACAGCCUUGGGGAGAAGUCCUCUCUUCUGGACUGUGAAGGUUCAGGUGGGUUUGUUGGCACAGUGUCAGCAUGCCGUUAACCCUGACUACCAUCAGGUCUUGUAGCUCCUCAAGCAGCCCAUCUACUCGGGUUUAGAGGCGCUGACUUUCUGAAGUGAAGGAUCCAUCAAGCUGCCAACUCUUUGAAACAGAUCCUUUGUUUCUCUUUGGCUGAGGGUCAAAGCGAGAGCAGAGGACAAAAAAGUGACAACAAGCAGAGUCUACAUCCUCCCUGGAGUCUAAUACAGACCCCAAAUGUGUUGGAAGUGAUUGUGGUUGUCAUUCUUUGCGCCAUCUGCCCCUUCCUGAAUGCACUGAAAACUUUGCUUGUGCCACAAGAACAGAUUACAUAUUUGGUUGAUGAAUUUUGAGAUUUGGCAGCUGGCACUGUUUUCCGUGUCUGUUCAGCCGCUGCUCAUGCAAACUUCCCAAGUCGUCUGUAUCUGCCUGUGAGCCGGGAACACAGCAUGCUCCAGUGGCUGCUCACUCAGAGGUUUCUCUUUGUAAAGACCUCAAAUGUAGUCUUUCAGAAUAUCAAACGUUCAAACUUUUAUAAACCAGCUAAAGUUUUAUUUCCAUCAGUAAAGGAGCAACAAAACAGACAUUAAUUUAAAUGAAAAUGUCAUAGCCCAUUACUUCAGUGUGGGGUUACACAGCGGAAAUAAAAUGUAGACAAAUGAAAAAUAUGUGUUGUCAGAAAAUUUGGAAGAAGCACCCUGGAAGAAGAUAAUGUAGAAAGAAAAUAUUAGUGCAGAAAGGAUGGGAGCAGGUAGCAUUGGCUCGGUGUACAGUGAUGAAGCAGGUUGUCAAUGUGUGUAAUCAUCCGUACACAGUGUGGCCAGCCACCAGGGACACACACUUAUUUUGCCACACGCACACACAUUUCUCACUCAAUAUCGAAUAAUACACAAGGAAGUCUGUGUGGUGUUGUGUACGCUGUUUCAGGAGUGUGUGAAGACGUCAGCACACAGCAGUCAAUCAAAAGCCCAGAGUGAGAAAAAAUGAAGGUCUGAGGCCUCCUAUCUCCCCUUUACCCUGUCCUCUGAAUUUUGUUUUGAAUUAACAUGAUAACUAGGGACAGGGAUUGUUGAUUUUUAUAUGUGCUGAUACCACUAUUGAGACUCUUGAAUGAUUUGAGUUGUUAUGGAUACAGCUAUCGAGUAUGUUUUAGUGUUGUUUUCCUUCAGACAAUAACAUUUUUACAAGAAUCAUUAUUUUCUUUUUCUUGUUUUUCACCCGUACCCCUAGGCUGAAACGUUAUUGAUUUUCAGGUUUUGAAAAAUGCUAAGUAAUUAGUUUAGCCAACUGACAAAGCUAUCAAGAGGUCCUGGCUAGGGAUGGGUUAAAAAAUGUAUCACGAUAACAUUUGCCAUUCUGGCGAUAACGCUAAAAGUUCAGAUAAAAAAUAUGAUAAUUUCAGUCUAUACUUUUGACUCAUUUUGUCUUGGGAACACCAGUUGGAAUAGUCAAAUAAGAUACCUGACCACAAGUUUGAGUAGUAGGUUAUGGAGAAAACGAAUGACAUCAAACAAGUUUCAAAUGUGAAAACAUUUUCAACAUUUAUUUAAAACUCUAAUUGCACAGAGUAAACAGCAGCAGAUCCAGUGGACGAUGUCAGAGAGACCUGAUUUACUCAUCUAAGCCCCAAUCUUGAAGGAAAUCCCUCAUGUGGAUCCUCGUUCAGUAAUGAGCUGUUCAGAAACAUCUUUGUCAUUACCUUCGGCCAUGUUUGUUUGUUAUUCUGCUCUGUGUGGGCUAUGGCUGCGAGUAUGUUGAUCGCGCUUACGUCAUCAACUUGCAUUUAUCGUAUUUAUCAUGAGAUGGCAAAUAUUUAUCAUGGAGGAUCUUUUUGAUGAUAUAUCGUGAACGAUAAUUUAUCACCCAUCCCUUGUCCUACCUAAACCAAAUCAAGCGAGUCAUAGUUUGCUGUGGUCUAGUUAGGGAUCUGGAGACUUUCAGGUGAUGUGAGUGUCACCAUCUGUCAUCUGGUGCUUCACAUGAGCAUCACCAUUAGUUAUCCUCUACAUCAGUGGUUCUCGAGUCCAGUCCUCUGUAAGCCAUUACAGAGCUUGUUAACGAGCUGAUCAUUUGAAUCAGGUGUGUUGGAGCAGGGAAACAUCCAAAACAUGCAGGACAGUGGACUUGAGAACCACGGCUGUACAUCACCAACUCUUGGAGGGAAACUGAGACCUUUUGAUGGACCAAAGAAGCGAUACCCACGACCACUAUUCUUUAAAGUCAGAGGCAGUUUAUCGAGUGUUUCAGCAGCUGUCAGGGUCACAGAGCUGAGAGGCCUCAUGAUCACAGUGUCCAAGGACAUCCAAGGACACCAGGCUCCUGGCACUCUUGUCUCCUCUGUGCGGGUUUGUCUUGACUUUAACGUCAGUAGUCCAGCUUUGUUCCUUGUGUUUGCCUUAGAUUAUCCCGAGACAACUCAUGAACCUUUGUUCAACUUACACAAGCAAACACACACGUCUCUUAAAUAUCAGGGAGACAUCUGGGAUGACUAUCGAACCAUCACAACUUUGUUAAUGAAAAAAUAAAUUCAACGGUUUUAAUUGUUUGUAUUCCACAUUCAUUGAAGACAGUAGGUGUCCUCAUCACCAGUAAAUGAUACAAACUGAGACAGAGAUGAAAAAAAAAACGCAAGGCUGAUCAUUAAGCCCCACAUUAUUUUUAGUCAUGGUCGGUGGCUCCUUAUUACCGCAGGUGUUUCAUAAAAUCCUCUAAAAUUAACUAAACUAUUUUUUAAAAUGUAUUUUCUAUUUACAGAAAGAGCAAGGACUUGUCGUAUGAAUGCAGAAAUGAAAACAUUUUUUCUAUCAGUAUUACAUAUCCCGAUCUCUGAAAGAAGUUCUUUAAUGUAUCACACGGACACACUUGGCGCACUGAUGUGUGCAUGGCCCUGUAUAUGAAAAAAGCAUAUUUGCUGAAGGCCAGGUCUGCUGGAAUAUUCCAGGCAGAGAGUUAUGAACAUACGGCUGCAGUGGAGUGAAAUGCUCCCAGGAUGUGUGUGACUUGUUUAUGUAUAUGCUGCUGACGGCUCCAUAUGGAGAGGGGGUAUCAUAAAUCCAUUACUCAGGGGGGCAGGGCGGUGCAGUGUGGGAUCCUCGGCUCCUUCCCUCAGGGAAUGAUUGUAGAGGAACCACGGUAAUAGUGGCUGGCAUUGGGUAAUUGUGCCCUAAAGGCACGUCAUGUUUUUUCACUUCUGCACAGAGGAAUCGCACCAAUAGCCCACAGGCGUAUAAAAUGAGUGUGGCAUCGACGGCUACUGCAGGGAGAUGGAUAGAGGAAGGCGAGGAGGAGAUGACAAAAGAUAUGAAAGAAAGAGAUAGUGAAAACCUUUUGUCAUGUCAGGUUUACUGUGAAACUGCCACCUGAGAAGAAGCUGUCAGUUCAGCCUCUGUGUGGUAAUUAUGAGUAGGACAUGAGGGGAUUGUGAGCCUCUGAUUUUUGCCUUUGGCACUCUGAACUGUGGAAACAGUCAAAAGGUGUGAUUUCCCCUGAGAAUGAGGGGAGGUAUGUCCCCCACACUUUCAAAAAAGCAGAGUCUCAUCAUCCUGCACUUUUAAAGUUCUGCAGAUCUAAUGCUGUCUCACCAUCAGCUGUUAUAAACGUUAAUAAUCUCCUAUAUCCUGCCUUUGACUGCUGCCAAACUUUCAAAACAAUAUUAAGUUUGGAUUGAGCAGAAAGUGUUUCUCUGCCUUUGUGACCCUGAGGUUUGGCCUCACAGCCUGAGCUCAUACUUGGACAGUCAAUAAUUAUCAUAAUUUCACCGAUCUUUUAUCUGAUCUCACUUCCUUUGUCACUGACUGGUCAUUUUUUUCCUGCUUUAAUUUAAACUUAACGUGAGAUGCAUAUAAUGUUGAGGUCAGACUGCACAAUCUUUUCUUCGGUUGCGGUGGUUAUUGUGUUGGAUUGCUGACGUGUGUCCCCUAUUUCACGGCUGGGGUUUCUCUACUUCAGUCUUGUGUGGUUUUCCCUCAACGACACAUCAUUAAGGUAGAGGUGUUGUUGCCACAGCUCAUCAAACUUUCCCUCGGUCUCACUGCUUCAUACCUUCACUACUCCGGUUACGCUGGUGACUCUCACUCACCCAGAUCGCCCUGUGAUUUCAUUGAUCAUCAUCACUGACGUUUUAAAACACAUCUUGGAAUAAAAAGGAAAAUGAAACGUCAGACAAAUAAAGAAAUAAAUCUUUUUUUCUGUCUGAUUUUGAAAAAGUAAAGUUUAUUGCUUUAAAUGCUUUUGCGCUGCAGCAAUAUGGGAUAUUACUUCCUGUCUGCAAACAGGGGAAAUGACAGGCCAAUCAUGAUGCAGGAAUCUGGGGCUGGAAGGAAAUCACCUAAGUGAGCAACAGGGUGGAAACAUUGUGGAAAAGAAAUAACUCUGAACCACAUACCAUACAAAACCAUCAUUUAAGAUUAUAUCACCUGUUCUAAUGAACCUAAAUCUAAAAAUUACUGUCCCAAACACGUAUAGUGGACCCUCAGCAGCAGCAGCAAACUCACACAUCAUAGUUUUCCAGAACCGGGCUUAAUGACAAAAAAAAUAAAGGUAUGAAGACACAAAAAAUGCAGUUGCACAUUCUUUUUUUCUGCAUUAUUUCACCUUCCCUUAACUUGUGUUUCAUCUUUUAAUCUGUAUUGGUUUGCCUAAACAAUAAUGUUUUGUUUUGUUCUAUGUUAGCCAUUGCAUAUUAAGCAUGUAUGGCAAACUACCAGAGGAGAUGAAGGGCCUCGCACAUGCACAUAAAAGCACAGAUCAAACACGUCCACAUCAUUUAGUCGUUUGUGCGUAUGUGAGCUGUUCACAAUCUUCAGUCCACAGGUGCCAGCUGUAAAUUCCCUUCCAUUGAUUUGUCGUAUAUAUGGAUUCCCCUCACCCCCCAACCCUAGAGCCCCAGACUAAAAUAAGCUUUGUUUGGCAGCUCACGCACUUGUAAAUCUCUCUGUGACAUUUUGAUAGCGGGUGACACACUAGGGGGGGAGAGUAAAUAUCAUUAGAAUGGGACAGGAUUAAAAUCUGUCACUCAAAGAGUCUAUUAUCGACAGGAGCAGCGUAAGACGCCCGCAAACCGUGUUGAUAGGAGCUCAGAGCGAGGAAUAAUGGCAGCGGGAGGGGGUGAAGUUUUAGGUAGGAGCCACUCAGAGGGGAGGGGUGGGCCUGUCAGUCAGGACCUCCCUGGUAAACAGAGUGGUAAAUAUUUCAGCCGUCACGGCCGAGUGUAGGCAGCUGGUCCCCUCUGCAUGGCAAUGAGAGUAAAAGAGGAGAGCCCAUCUCAAUGGAGCCCUUCAACCCUGGGAAACCUCCACACUGGCACGGACACACACACAAACACACAUAAACACACAUAAACACACACCAGCUGAGUGGCCACCAAAGGACAGUGCAGGUCUGUGCUGCCUCGCUGCCUUCUGUCUUUAUUCCCAGGGUCAGGCUCCGCUGCAGUUUCUUAUCAAACCCAGAAAGUGACAGCUAUGUGUUCAGUCAGUUUGAGGUUUCCCACAGAAAAAUGAUCUGUCACUGUGAGCCAGGAUUUUACAAUUCUUAUCCAAAAAAGGAAACAACAUGAGAUCAAUUUACAAAACCCACAAAAAAAACCUCCCAAUAUCUAUCACUGAAUUAAAGAAGCAAUUUCAGUCUUUACACUUUUUGUAUGUCAUGCAGAACGGAAGUCACAAUGUCGAAAUCGAAAACAAACAAAUGCAGAUUGCAGCAGUUUUGACCAUUAAAUAUAGUGGGUUGAUUCCAUCUAUCAGUGGUGAGUGAGCAGCUUCCUGUUUGCUUGCCUUUGUGUAACUAUUGCCUUUGUCUCUUUGUAGAGAGCCGCCAUCAUGUUUGGCUAAAGUAUGAGCUUGAUAAGAAUUUGUGCCUCAGCUUCAGCGUGUUUACUAACCUUCUGAAUUCAUGGUUGUCAAAGACCGCAAACAUUCAGAGGUCAUUGGAAAUAUUCUUAGAGAUAGAUUUUGUUAUCUCUGAUAUGGAGAAUUGAAAUUUCUGUUCUGUUCAUAUGGAAAAGGUUGUUAACUUGCCUAUUUGGAUGUAUUUAAACCCUGAAAUCUAUUGCGUUUAAAGGCCUAAUUUGCACCAUUACUAGCUCGAUUUCUGUACUGGACUGCGUCUAUGUGAUUUUGUUCAAGAGGGGUCUACUUAAUGUCAAUUCAAGCUGUGUGCAUUAGACAUGCCCUUUUGCCUAUUGUUGUCUGACGCAUCUCAAUUUUGAACUCCAAAAAAGAAAUGUUUUACAGGCUUGUGUGGCUAAAGAACGUCUGUGUUGAAGUUCUAAUGAUUUUUUUAAAAUUGUGCCAGGGAUUGAUCGAAUUGAUCACAGAAAAAAAAAAACAGAUUUAUCCUCGUAGUACAUAAAAGAAAUAUGAAUCAGAAUGACUUAGGAAGGGAACAUUGAGUAUUUUGUCAGUAAGAAAUGCCCCUUUAAACUCGAUCCAUUAAUCUUUCCUCUUGCUCAAGGAAAAGGAACAUUAAGGGAACAGUGCUACUUAGUCGUAGAUGAUUGUCUUUGAAAACAGAGAAAUAAAUCAGUAAUGCCACCAACAACCACAUCUACUGCUCAAAGAUACAUGUCCUCUACACAGAUUGCCCAUCUUCAUCAAAUGUGGUCCUUGAAUCAAGCUUUCAGCAGUCAAUGUUUCUUUGAUUACAAGUGGUCCUUUUUCUCUGGCUAUUGACGGAAAGUUUUAAAUUUCUAGUUUAAUACAGACCGUUUUAUGACCUGCUUAUGGGUGCAGUUCAAACCUGACUGGCAGGCUUUGUCAGUGCACUCCAAGUCUCGCCGGCACGCCACUGAUGAUCAAUGGAGCUCUCUUCUAAAGCGCCACUACACACACUGCUUGUUUGUUUGGCUUUCUGUGUUUGGUCUUACAGUAAUAGCCUGGAUUCAGAGCCCUUAUCGCUGUGUGUGGCAGAACAGAGAACACUGCUCAUCUCGCAGUCUCUUAGAGACACAGAAACAAACUGUAUUCACCGAGACAAUGACAAUGAAACCUCAACCUCCCCUCGACCUCGCAAAGAGAGGGAUGUGGAGUCUGUGACAUGAUACUCCUGUUUUCUACAGGAUUCAAUUGUAUCAACAGAAGUUUUAAUUAUGAGUGGGACACCUGCCCCUCUGUAUGAGUGUAACAAGCAGAUGGAUGCACAAUGUUAUCUCUAAUGCCAUCUAACCAUCUCACCAAUAAGUAUUCUAAACACUAGGAAAGUACUCUGCAAAUAUCUUCAGGUCACAUGCCAAUUUUUUGUGGGUUAAAGGCACGGACACAUUCUGCUUUCUCAACAUAUCAACAUCCCACCUUUUAGUGUUGUGUCUCUCAUGAACGAUUCGUUCAAAAGAACAGAACUGCUGAGUGAACGAACUGAAUCACUCCGAGACCUGAUUCGUUCCUUUCUCAGUUCAGUUAAACUCAGCCGCGAGCGUGGCAUGCUGGACAGGGGUGAAACUGCUGCCUUUGACUCUUUGGCGAACGACACACAGCCAGGUGGGUGGGCGGAGUCUCGUGAUUCACUCACAGCGAAUGAAUGGUAUGUAUCAGUCAGUGAACGAAAUGUCUGUAAACGACCUGAAUCAGUCAGUGAACGAAACGUCGGUGAACUACAUGUUUCAGUCAUUGAACGAAAUGUAUCAGUCAGUCUGUGAACGACAUGGUGAACGAAACAAGAAACAAACAACUUCCAAAUGACUUUAUUCAGGCAGAGGAGGAAGGGGUAUAGUGUCGUUCACUUAGUGCCGAGCACUGGUUCGUUCACUGAGGCUAAGAUAAAACAGUGCAUUAUAGCGCCUUUACAUUAAUACACGUCUAUAAACUUUCCUGCAAGAGGAAUUUAAUUUCGGCUGAUUUAAAACAAUAGGCUAUUUGGUAUCUUUUAACGUAGCAGAACGUUCCCCGCUACAGCUGUGAUGUUUAUUUAUUUUUAAUCUCUCUACUUUUCAGAGAUAUAAAAGAAUGACGACUCGCGCUCAUUUAGCAGGCAUGCUGCUGUGUUGUUUCCGCUGAUGGCGACACACAGAGAGAUGAGUUUUUCAGUGGUGGUGAUAGGAUUUAUUACAGCCAACCUUCCAAGGUGCAGUGCAAAAAAUAUUUAUCAAAGUGCAAAAAAUAUGGUCCAAUACUAUAAACAAAAUGCACAAGGCAAAAAGAAAAUACCAACAAGGCAAGAGUUCCACUAUAACUCAAGAUUCUCACUCAAGAAAAAAAGCAAAAAAAACAAACGAACAAAAAAAAAAAAAAAAAAAACCAGCAGCACUACAAAAGUCAGUUUGGCAUUUACCUUCCAUACAACAAACUCCAGACUCAAGAAGGCCCGGGAAGCCUUCUUCUAACCCCCCAUAGCCCCUCCCAGUGGGGAUGGAAAAAAAAAAAAAUCAUUUAUUUACAUUUAAACCAUUUUUUACCAUUUUUAACUUCCAACCCUUUUUUUGUAAGUUUUUGCUGUUAGUUUUAAGUUUUUACACAAAUCAGUGGAGCAGUAGUUUUUAAGGAUUUAUGGCAAGCAAAAAGGGAAUUAUUUCUUUUUGCAUCAUGUGACCACUUUGACCUGCCAUACCCACCUAUUUUACAUACGGGAAUCCUGCACUCUGUUUCCUUUUUUGGAAACUUGAGGCAGCAUGAUGGCGUGAAUGAAUGCCCGGCAAGUAAGUGGAGAGAUGAAUAUCUAUGUGAAUGUAUAUUUAAGUUACCCGGUAGGGCUCUAAAUGUGCACCCUUGGUUACCCUUUCCAGCAGAGCAGGGAGAAGGAAAAGUAGCGCUGUUUAGCGGGUAAUUAGCGACGCAGGCGGGGAGGGAAAUGUUUGGCGUUUAUGUGCGUGUGUGGGGCUCCAUGCGCUGCCCACAGUCAGUGAGGACGCCGCUCCGUCACACCCCGCAAAACGUUAGAAUUGCGGUAAUAUUUUAAAAGGUAAAAUAGUAAUGUUUCCACAUUCAUUGACAAAAGUGCCACUGCGGAUGUUAAGUUUGGAUGGCCGUUUUUAAAGGGGAAUGAUUUUGACCAUUUUCAUUACUCAACUCAAGUAGCCUGGGUUAGGGGUAGUUAAAAUGCAAGUCAUUGAAGUCCUGCAAAAUCAAAGUUAUAUUUUUGUUUUUAACUUUUUAUCAUUUACGUGGGUCUGAAUGUUUGUGGAAUAUCAACAUUCUUUUUCUUUUCAACUACACUAAAAAGGAUAGCCCAGGUGGAUGAGUGCAUACAUGAAUAAUGAAUAAUUUUGACAUGCAUAGAGUUGUGUAAUCCAGAAAAUAGCUUUUGUUGUCAUCAAACACUGCCGUUGUUGUGUAACUACACAUAAUGUUUUACAAAUAGAGUCUAACAACCCCACUUUUGCUGCUUUUGCCCCUCACUGUGCACUAGAUAUUUCAUUCUCCUCCUCUGUUGAGUUUGUCCCUUGGAUGUCUGUUAUUUAUGUAGUCAUACCUUUUUCCUCCAUUAAGACUUGAUCGCGUUAUUUUGAAUUCAUAAACAUUUACAAUCCAAGCUUGGAAAUUUGCAAAGUAAAUGUUUGAGUCACAUGCUUCAUGAAACGUAGCUGUGUUUAUGUCGGUGUGUGUGCGUGUGUGUGUGUGUGUGUGUGUGUGUGUUUGUAUGCAUGGCUGGCGCAGAACAAGUGCAGCCACAAAAGCGGAUUCCCAGCCUGUUUACGAGCUGAUUGUGUGUGACAGGCUUCCUCCACAGUCUAUCAGUGGAUUACAGUGAUUCAUCCCCAACCCGAAAUAGAAAGGAGCGUUCGAAAACCCCAGGAACACAACCUGUGAAAUCUGAUUUCUGUGUCUGAAAUAGUCUGAGGAGGAAUCCAGCCAGUGUCUGUCUGCUCGCUCUGCGCACAGUUUUGUUCUCACGAGCUCUUUCAUACUGCUGUGAGCAUUUCGACGUGUAAUGGUGUGAAGGCACAUUCUGGAUAUCACUGUCUCACAAAGACACACACACACACACACACACACACUCAGACAGUCGGCUGAUUCCACUAUUAGGUUUUUCACAGUGUCGCUGACUUUUCUUUCAGCUUCUCAUGGCAGAGACGAGCAGUAAACAGGGUUUAAAGGCACAUCCUGAUUCACCUGCUUUUGGAGUGAAGGUGUAGCUGUUAUUCAAACUCUGGCUCCAAACACUGAUAAGACUCAGUCAUUCACACGAGAUUUACUGCAGUCUGUCCUUUCUCUGAGGCUGAUUGAUGCUAGGGGUGUAAACGAAACACUGAAAUCAUGAAUCGGUUUGUACAUCAGUUUUGAGUUCAUGGUUUGUUUUGUUUUCGGUGCGGUAAGAGAAUCUAUCCAUCCAAGCUGUGCACAAAAGCAGCUUGUGUUUGAUCAUAAAUGGCUGGUUUGGCUUGAUUGCUUAAAUGUGGAUAAGAGUGAACUUUAUAUUGGGGCUCUAUCACCUGAUGUGCUCAACCACUGAAUACACUCGUAGAUCCUCUGCAACAUUACAGAUAGCUAGACUAACGUAUGAUGGCCCAAUAUGUCCAAGUUAUUAAACUGCUGUUUUAGAGCCCAGCGUGUGAACACUGGAGUAUGUAUGUUAGAUUGAGUCAUAUGACAAAGAAAUUUGAUCCAUCUGCAUUAUCCAGAUUGUUAGAAUAUGAUUUUAGUCAAACUAACAUGUUUACAUGCAUUUUAAAAGUCCAGUUUCUAUCAGACAAAGGCAAUAAAUUGUUCUUUUUUUUUUUCAUCCUUUUACAAAUUUGUGCUGAUGAGAAGUCUGCUGAUUCUGAGCCUAAAUUUCUCAUUUCAAAAGCACAGCCUUCAUCAUUUUUGACUGAAAAAUAUUCAAAAUAUUCUUAUUCAAAAUAAGUUGUGAGGUCAACCAAAAAACCUUGAAACAAAACAAAUUACAGCACCAAUCUGAGCCCUGAUUUGCAAGAGACAAAUAUUAUAAAAUCACUUCUAUAUCAAAUACAUGAAGUGAGAUUAGUGAAGGAGAUUUUACAUUAGAAUUGUGGAUGUGGUUUAUACAGAAUGCAUCUUUUAUUGUAACUUUUUUUUAAUGUCUCUGUGCAGUUACAUAUAUUCCUGUGAUUAAGACUUAGAUUUACUUGCAUCAUGCACACAGUUUGGUUACAGUCAUCCCGCAGAGCUGUUUCUGUUUUUAAGCUAUUUUACUGACAGGUAGUGCAAAUAACAUUGUAACUCACUAGCAAAGCCAGUGGGGGAGACUGUAAGUAGGUUUGAAUAUAACUAAUCAAUGUGCAUAUCAAUCCAGCAGUACAUAAACAAUGAGCCGUGGACAUAUUCAGUGAUUGUAAACAUACUGUGCCUUUAUUUGUUUGACUUCAACUCCACAGGAUGCCUUUAGAUUAUUAACCCGGGGUUGUCAUUUCCUACCUUUCAGUUCUGAUAAGAAUUCAUAUGAGGAUACCUCAGCAGGAAAUUAACUGACUGAAGCGAGUGAUGUAAAACAUGGUGCCUGAGGUGACAUCUCUAAAUUAUUUAUCCAAAGUACAGUUUACAGCCUGAGAAUAUUUAUAGGAUUUAAUAUAGAACUGAACGAGGAAGAAAGUGCAGGGGUGGACGAUUGUUAUUGACAAGUGUUUCAGUGAUUCUCUAAUAGGAGAAUAGGAGAAGAAUUGGAGAAUGAAAGGAGUGUUUUAAAGAGGAAGGUCCACACUCAGCAGUGAUGUAUGGCUGAUUGUUGAGGUGUAGCCGAGCUGUCAGCAGGAUUAUAGAGGCGUCUGUAAGUCUUUAUCAGACUGUGAGGUCACAUGUGGAUGAUGUGUGGCUUUGUCAUCCUCUGAGGUCCUUUUCACAAAUGGCUAUUAUUCUGAGUCAUUGCUGCUUCUUGCAUGUGUGCAAGUGUUUCCUGUGCACAUGUGUGUGUGUGUGCAUGCUUUCUGCAAAUAUGAGCAUAAGAAAUACAUUUUCUUUCGGACUCAGAUGUUUUGUGUACACUGUAUUUGAAUGCAUGGGUAUGUAUAAGUGCAGACUAGAGUGCGUAUGUUUGAAUUGAUUAAUAACAUGCAUUAGGCACAAACAUGCUCAUCAUGUAAUUCUCCUCUCGUAUGUCGUUAAUAACGGUGUAAUGGAUGGACUCAUUUCCGCGCCACUCCUCCACUCGACAGCACUUAACCUGCAGCUGAUCAGGAAUCAGCUCUCUAUUGAUGUGGGAGCAGCGGUGAAAGAGACACAUUACCCCUGACAGAGUACAAGGUGGUUGUAAAACUGCAUGGCUUUUCAUUUCAAUUCAAAAGAAACUGAAUGGAAACCGCAAAUGUCGCAAAAAUGUCUUUAAAAGCACACAGUGGAGAAUCUUUUGUUCAGUCAGAGACGCUGUAACAUUCAAACAGGAGGAGGACAGCUUGUGGGGAGGUAACAAGCAGCCACAGCUCCCUUUCUCCUAUACAGGCUUUUAUUUAUAUUGUACUUUAUGAAACAACUUCAGCAAAGUUAUUUUUCAUCUCAUUCAUCCCUGAGUAAAACCAUCAACAUCAAAACUGGUUGAUUAAACCUUGAAAACUGCAAAACAUAUUGUGUUUAUGUGACGACUUUAGAUUUCUCUCAGAUGCUCAGAAAGCUCUUAACCCAACAGAUUCAUGACAGACAAAUGAGUUUAAUGUAAAGUGAGCAUAAAUAUUACCUGGCAGAGCCAAAUACCUAAAUCUGAUUGGUCAAAACCCCAAUGACAAUGCCAAUGAAUCCUCAAUAGGGGUUUGUCUUGAUUGCACAGAAAACAGAUGUCCCUGAAACAAGUAUUUAACAUUGUUAGGUAAUGAAACAUCAAUUUCCUGAAAAAAGAAACAUUUAAUUUAAUCUGUUAAAAAAAAAUAUAUAUUUUUUUAUUAUUAUUGCUGUUCAAGCUGUUUAUGACACUUGAUAUCGGCCUAAUGAAGUACUGGUGAUCUAGGGUUACCCUAUUUUGAAUACCCAAAAAGAGGACACGACUACGCGGGGGCGGAGUCACAGAGUUGGGCAUAGUUGAUUUUGAGUUUUUUGGGUCAGAUUGAGUGUUUUUUACGCUCUUGUAACUCAGCAAGUCCAUGCGACACAAACUCAAAACCUCUAAACAAAACUGUGGACAUUUAAAGGAUUUUAUAAACUCCCCCUGACAAAGCCAGUAAAGGCCGUACAGGCUGGUCAGCCCCAAAAAAGAGGACAUGUCCAGGUAAAAGAGGGUGUUUGGUCACCCUAGAUCAGUGGUUCUCAAGUCCAGUCCUCGAGGCCUACUGUCCUGCAUGUUUUGGAUGUUUCCCUGCUCCAACACACCUGAUUCAAAUGAUUAGCUCGUUAUUAAGCCAUUACAGAGCUUGAUAACGAGCUGAUCAUUUGAAUCAGGUGUGUUGGAGCAGGGAAACCUGAGCAAGAAGGCAAAGUAACUUGUUGCUCGUAUGUUGUUUUCUGUAUACAGACAGGUGCUCCAGACUGCCGCCCACUUCAAUCACUCUUUCAGUGGGCCAGGGCACACACCCUCAGACUAGAGCUUGGUGACUGCCUGGAUUUCAAUUUCAACAGCUUCCCGUGAUCAAAAAAUACGAUAAUUGAGACCGAAUUAUACUGUGCCACCUGUUGCUUAUGUCCUAAACCUUGAAUGAAACGCACCCUUCCUCUCUUUUACAGCCAGAUUGAGGCCUACCUUCUGUGUGAAUUUCACGUAACUCGACAUGAUGAUAAUACUUAAACAUGCAACUUUAAAUAAAAACGUGGGUUCCAACAUAAGCAGAUGCAUACCUUAUGCUCCGCGCUCAUUUGUUUCGAUAGGGGGUUUGAAAUUACCUCUUGCAUAUAUGCAUCUCCAUACAGUUGUACUCACCAAUACUUGGAACAUCUUUCAUCCGGUAUGAUAAUGAAGAGAAAUACAUUGUUGGGUGUGAUGAGAGCUGGCACUGAAUGUAAACAGCUUUGGCAGGAGUAAUGUAAUAUAGUGUUAGAGCGGGCUGGUAAGAAAAACAGAUCUGUGCCGAGCUCUAAUAUAAAUCAAUCCAAACAAGUUCUUCUAAUACCAUCUCAGCCUUCAUGUGGGAGCACAUUUUCAAUGACGCAUAAAGGAAACUGUCUUCACUCCAGCUGAUGCAGGCAUUUAAGAAUCCCUCUCAUUAGGACCUCCAAAGGUUUGUGUAAAAUGUGUUAUACAGUCGAACGACGCUAAGCUGAAAUGACAUUAGAAAGCAGCCAGUUGCAUACUAUGUCCUCUUUCAGUUUUAAUCCCCCUCUUUUUGUGCAAACACAUAGCUUUUCUGAUUAACUCAUUUUCAUCUGAAUGUGAUCUGGCCUGAUUUGAUUUGCUUUCCUGAGCAAUUGCCUUUCAUAUUAAUGUGAUUACGUAGUAGAACAAAGCGGCCAUUAUACAGAGACUUAUGGCGCUAGUGGAAAAAAAAGGACCAUCACAUUGCCAUCAGUAACAUCUCCACUGAGAGAUAUGGGUAUUAGGAGGGAGAGAUAACACACACACACGCACACAAAUGCGGGCCCAUGCAUCAGGACUGUAAUCUUGCUAUGCUUCUCAUGGCUGCAUGCGGAGCACCACUGUGACAGCAGCCAGGAGUAUAAGAAGCAAGACUUCGACAAAAGAGAGGACGUGUUCGUCAUUUUCAGCCCCAUGAAUGUCAAACCACUUGUUCUGUUUGCUCCACAUGUGACAAGACUGUAAUCCUGGGUUUCAUGUCAUUAAGUCCCAUAUUUGUGAGAUCCAAUUAAGGCUGUAUUUAACUCUGAAUCCACUUCAGUGCAGCUCAGGACUGCUGUGGAUGGAAUAAUAGCUCUCUGUGUCUGAAGUAAACUUGUGCAGCUGGAGCCACUCAGCACCAACCGUCUACACGGUCCGUACAGUAAACUUAAUAAUAGACAUGUUCAAUUACACUCAUGGUGUUUUAGUAGCUCAAGUUUUUACAGUGCUGUAAACAAUGCUGACGUGUGUUUGCUGUCUGCAGCCUGUGCUGUCAUGAGCUCUGACUGAUCCAGACUGACGGCAGCUUUCUUUCUGCUUCACUAACGGCGCUGCAUGAGGAUGUCUGUCAGCUCCUCGGUGUGUUCAAACUUUGAUAUACACACAGAGAUAACCUACAGUCGACUGACCACAUUUAUAUUACAUGAAUCUUGCCCUGCUGAAUCUUUCUAAUGUCCCUGCUGACUCUUUUGGACCCUGUUGCACCUUUAUCAGGGAGACAACAGUGUAGUGCAGAGUUUUUCAAACAGAUAUAACAACUGAUACCUUUAUCUGGAUCACAAAAGCAAAGCAGACCAUUUAAGGUGAGAAUGACUAUUUCUAUAGUUUAACAUCUGUCACUGCUGCCAUGAAGGUCAGGGCCCUUUAGACACUGAGAUCCCCCAGCAGCAGUUUAAUAAAGGUCUGCUGCUAUGAUGUUUCAGUGUUUUAUCAUGGAGCUCUGCAAUGAUGAAAUAUCGGUGUCCCAGUUUGAGAAGAUUGACACAUGAACCAACAGCAAGCUUCAUCUGUUAUUUAAGUGCUAACACAGUGGCAGAACAAAUCUGUGCUGCAAUUACAUCUGUUUGUUUUACACACAGAGUCUGCCUCCUCACUGGGUGAAGCCACUCCGAGAACAGCACCCUCUGUUGACGGGCUGCAGUAUAGGUCAUGAAUCCUGCCUCCGCCAGCAAAGCUUAUGGAGCUGUGGACAAACUUUAGAAAUUUAUGACACAGAACAUAAAUUUUUCUGCCCCUGGUUGCGGUGUUGAUAUGAAGUUACAGUAGGACUGGUUUGUGUCAAGUCCUCUUUUUUCUUUGAAGCUCUGUUUUAAAAAAAUAUUAGAUGAUUCAUGUUUUCUAUGAUUGACACCUGAUACAGCCUAUGGGCGUUCAGGGAUUGAGUAGCUCUCCCAGGGGAUACGCUGUUAUCCCCACUCUAACCCUAACUCUCUUGUCGCUCAAAGAGCAACACUGUUAUGUUCACAUUAAGUUACCCACACGACUCGCUAUGUAGACCGUGUAUAAGCUUGCACAUGUAUACCCUUCACACUAAUGGAAGAGGGUCCGACAGGAUUAGAUGCACUCGUUGACAACUCAAAACAGGUCAAAAAUAACGUCAGGUGUUGUUGUGCUCACACAGUGCGAGUAGAAAUCAUUAGUGGCGCAUUAACAAUUAUGCUACUAAUGCUACAAAUGCUACUCGCUAUAUAGGCUGUGUAUAAGCUUGAAUGUUACCUUUCAUGUUGAUGGAAGAGGGUCCAACAGGAUUUGAUGCGUUCGUUGAUGACUCAAAACAAGCCAAAAAUAACGUCGUAUGUUGUUGUGCUCACACAGUGCGAGAGGAAAUCAUUAGUGGUGCACUGAUAUUAAUGAUCAUAUGAAAUUUAGUAGGGGCACAUGUUAUUCAGCAACUGAGGCGCACCGCUGCUGAAUGAAUGUAGGAGAAACACUGGAGCUGGUAUUAGAAAAACAUAAUACACAGUGGGUUUGACUGGUAAAGUAACUGAGUUUUCAACACCACUCAUACAUGUAAAAGAGAGAAGUUUCCAAAUGGGCGUUUAAGUAUAUUUUUCAGGUUGUUAUGCCUUUACUAAGACAGAAUAGCGGUUAUAUGAAACAGAGGAGAGAGGGGGGAAAUGACUUAAUAGGGGAGUACAGGUCACAAGUUAGCCACCCACUUAAAGGACUACAGCCUCUGUACUCAGGGCACAUGAUUUCACUGCUGAGCUAAAUCCUUCUGCCAAAUAUUUUGGCCUUUUAAAAAGCUUCUGAGUAUGUUUUUCAGAACAAAUGAUAAUGUCCCAGUAAUUUGCUUCAGCUAGCUGAGGUGAUUUGGGCUGUAAUAGCUGCUACCACAUCUUCCAAAACUCAAAAAAUUGGUUGGAUCAAAGUUCAUCCACUUGCCUGUUUUUCCUAGAGACACACUUAGAUUUUUAUUCGUAGUAUCUGACAGUAUUACCGGAGCAGUCUCAAUUGAGAUACUUUAGGCUCUGAUUUAGAUGUGUGAUUAUUUUCUUUUUAAGAGCAGCUUUUGCUUCUCUCGUCAGACUCCUUAGGAAAAAACAGUGUUUUUUACCUCACGGAUUUGCUUCUUUAUUGCUGCCUUACCUGGUUAAUUUCUUUGUGUGCUUUUUUUGCAAGUGAAGACAAAAAUGAGCUGCAGAAGUGGUCAAAUCUGUUGUAGUUUUUUAGGGUUUUAAAAAUCCAUUCAUUACCAUCUUUAUGACCUCAGCAGUAAAAACAAAAAACUUGGCUAUUACUGGAGUCAUGAUAUCCUGUAAGUUGGGCAAAUAUAUGGAUCAAUUACUAUAAAGAAAAUGACUUAAUUUGAAAAGUUACCAGUGUAAGUACCUCUGCCAACAGCUCGAACAGAGUCAGGCCUGUGAAACAGCACGUAAACUAUCCCCGGAUGGUUGGGAGCCAGUCUAAUGUUGUUUCAGUUGGGAUACUGCCACCUUAAUGCUCUAGGAGACAGGUUGCGUCGCAGAUUUUUGGACUGUAAAGUUAAAUCCUCCCACACAAUGGUGGUAUUAUUCCUGUCUUUACACAAACAGCCUAGCACACGCGUCUACAAAGCCCACAGUUUCCACAAAUAAAAGACUGCGGAGGAGAUAUGUGGAGACAAACCUCUCAUUUGACAUUAAACAGAAUGUGCAUUUUAACUUUCUCUAUUUAAUCCAGUGAAGAAUUUUAACUCUAAGUCAGUUCUCAUCAAUUAAACAUUCCCACUUUCAUUGUAAGACUUCCUGUUGCUCUCUCCGGGAGCUGUAAUGAAAUGUGUAUUUGAAUAAUAGUGAGCGAGUCUGUGUGUACGUGUGUGUGUGAGAGUGUGUGUGAUGUCUUCCCUCUGCUUAUUAGAAAGGCUUUGACAUUUACCACAGUAAACACAUUCAUCAGCACAGACAGAUGAUUAUCUGUUUAAUUUAGGAGCCUUGCAAGAUGUCGCAGGUUCUGUUGUUGCAGCCAUCAGGGCGCAGCUGUACCGACACAGCAGCAGUUUGUCGAGAAAAAGCCCUGCCGUGUUUCCUCCAGUUAUGUUCUCCAUUAACCUCUUUGUUCAAGUCAAUCUGGGAAUUCAUUCGUGUGGUUGGGAAGAGCAGGAAACAGCGUUCACGGUGUUUGAAAACUUUGUUUUGUUUGAUUUUAUCAGCGAAUAUUAUCGAGCAGAUUAAUCUGUAAUGGCAUGCAAAGACAUAAAUGUAGAAAUUAUUUGCGUUAUGAUGCAAUAACACAGUCAGAGCCUUAAUACUAAAGCUGAAACACUAAUACAAAGACGGUCUAUUACUGACAAUUCAGAAAGGUACAAACCCCAAUUCAAUCCGUACGUUUAAAUGACACUCGAGAAAACCGAAUUAUUGCCUUACUCCAAUUAAGACCAGACAACUGAAGUGCAUGUAAACACCUUAGUCCAACUAUAAUCAGAGUUUGAAAACUCAGAUUAAGACACCCAGAUAAUGCGAUUGGAAUUCAGUUUUCUGUACCAUAUAUCCAGCGUAGUCGGAGAAUGAUUGGACAAUGCAUGUGCGUGUGUGACAUGCCCCCGUAACCCUGGAACAAAAUCACCAGAGAAGAGGAAGAAGUUGCACCUCAUCUGGAGAAAAAGUAGCGCAUACAUCAUGUAUGACAAAAACAACGCAUCUUCUUGCUCAAAAUGCCCAGCAACAGUUGUAGCCACUUCUGACGUCUGGCAUGGACCUGCUGUUGUUGUUAAAGUUGUAUGGGGUUGGAAACAGUGCCGCUGAAAAGACGCAUAUCGCCCCCUAGUUUUGGAAAGGAGGACACGUUUACGUCAGUAAUUCAAUUUUCUCAGCUGCAUGUAUACGUGGACCAGGAGAGAAGUCUGAUUUGGCAAAAAAAAAAAAAAAAAAAUAGUGAAAAAAAAAUUAUGAGCUUAAGCUGUGCAUGUAAAUCCUGUUUAACCAAUAUUCAGUUAAACUAACUGCAAAGACAGGCAUCACAUUCAAAAUGAGUGAAUAUUUGCAUAAAACAAUCAAGUUUAUCAGCUUGAACAUUGAAUAUCUUGUCUUUGUAAUGUAUUUAAUUGAAUAUAAGUGGAAAAGGAUUUAAAAUUAAUUGUAUUUUCUUUUGAUUCAUGCUUUACACAAUGUCCCAACCUCACUGAGAAUGGGGUUUAUCCAACUUCUUGUUUUCUGAUUUAAACUCCAAUAAGGUUGGACUUUUUAAUCUGAUUUAAGUGAUGAUGUGAAUCUUUAUUUAUUUAUUUUUUGGGGGGCAUUUUUACAACAAGGAAGUAGUUAUGUAAACCAGAAGGGAGUGAGCAGUUUCCUAUUUUUCCAUAAUGUUUUGUACUCAUAGGUGAUUUCCAUAACUAGGGGUUUGCUCAGUUUGCUCACAUCUCUUAAAAGGCCUAAAGAGUGAAGUCGAGUGCACAUUUGCGGGAUUUAGGUAUCUAUUGUGACCCUGGAGUACACGUCAUGACACCAGGGCUGAAAGGUAACAUUAAACCAGCACAUCUGCUCACCUUUUGUGAGUCGGCACAAAGUUACAGCUAUUGUGAUGUAGCAGUAAAUCAAAGAAUAAGCUCAUUAGUCCUCAAGAUUAGAUUUGCAUUUUAUUCAUCUGCAUCCACAACAAAUGCAUGCUUUGGAAACAUACACACCUUUAUGAAAGUGAAUGAUGAUGUUCAUAGUUUCAUAGGAAAUGCAGUUUUUAUCCUCUAAACAAUCAGAGUCAACAACUUGAAAGCUCACAGUGCCUUUGACACACCACGGUUAUGCAUCUGUACAUCCUGAAAUGAAAGCCUUUUACAGGCUCCCUAAUUCCUCUAUUUAAAUUCCUUUUAAAGGUGCAUUCACAACGCAUAUCUGUAAAGCUCACUAUUUCACUUGAGGGCUUUGGAUGUUUCUGUUGUUUUGAACAUUUCAGUGCUGCGAUCCUAAAUAAGAAGACUUUAAAGCCGAGCAGCUGAAGGACAACCUUAACCUUUUUUUUUGUUUGUCAGCUCAGCAAUUACACCAGAGAUUAACGAAGAAGGAGCUGUUUUAACAAACACGCUGUUAGAUCUGAACAUGUCUAUAAACUCUGUGUCACUGAGACUGCAGUAAAUAGCAAAGGUAACCUUCAGAAAACAAUGGCUCUACUUCACAAUAACUACAACAUAAGAGAGGACAUGUUUCAUUGGGAAACAAAUCAUUGAUGAGGACAAAGACCCUUUACUGAGAAAUACUUAAAAUGAUAUAUGUGAUCCUGACAGAUGGUUUGUGUACGGUACAUUUCCUACUUUAAUGACCAAAUAUCACAGAAUUUCUGAACCUUCAGGAUCAUUUAAUCUUUGUCUCAAAUUGUCAAAUCUGAAUGCCAAGAUAAAUUUCUUCUGAUCGUAUCUUACCUCAUCUUUAUGUUUACAAAACAACCUGGGUGAUUUAUGUCAUCAAAACGUGGUCAAAAUACCUCCGAAAGCAAACACUGGAGUCAGAAAAAGUGCUCCAAAAUCUCUGGAGACAGUUUAAGUCUGACGCAGCUAAAGUUUAUAUUUCAGAAGAGUCAGCUGAUAAAUCUUAAUGAACCCCUGAAUCAUCCCUCGAGAGGACUACAGACUUUACAGUUUAGUUCACAUUUUAAAAUACCCCUGACAUUUUGUUAUGAAUGUCCAAACACAUCACACUUCAUUGUUGGAUUAUUAAAAACCAAGAAAUCCCAAGGGAAUUAGAUCCAGAAAACAAGACACACCCACCAGAAACUCCUCUUUUAUCCAGGGGGUCAGCUGGACAAAUCUGGUUUGAUCUGGCUAAAGGUGCUCACCUCCUUCUUACACUCUGUUCUUUAUAAAUCUUCAAGCUUUCAUGGGAUUGUUUCUCCAAAAGUAUGAAUUUUAAACACUCAUAUUUUCUAACGGGGUUCAGACUCAGGGUAUACCGUUCAGCUUGUGUAUUCAUCGUGGUUCAUGGGGAAUUUGCAUUGUUCUUUGGGAAUUCCGUCUACUUAAUGGGCACAAGGGAUUUCUUUAGACACUAUAAGAGGCUCUGACUUUUUUACCUUUUACAAUGAUAAAGAUGAUGUAGUUUGUGAAUGCUGCAUACAGCGACUCAAUGGUACCAAUCGUGUGUGUGUGUGUUGUAGAGUCAUCUUAAGCCUAGCAGAUAAUAACAAUGGUGAUCUCUCCUUCAAAUAUCAGGGUAGCCUGAUGGUCUGUGCUCUUUUUCCUCUCUAAUCUCUGUUUCUGUUGUGGCUCCCUCUCCUCAGUUUGACUGCUCACCUGUACAUUGCAUGUAUGGACCUGAUUUCCAUGAUUGAUGUCAAACAGCCUAAACAUGAUCUAGCAGGGGACUGAAAACAUUUAAUCACGCAGAGGAACGUUUUAACCAAUUAGUACUUGAGAGCAGAGGGAGUGGACUGUCUGCAGCCCUGUGACUUUCUGCCUCAUGGUUUACGCGCUGGCGUGUGUGUGUGUGUGUGUGUGUGUGUGUGUGUGUGUGUGUGUGUGUGUGUGUGUGUGUGUGUGUGUGUGUGUGUGUGUGUGUGUGUGUGUGUGGCAGCAGAUCCCUGCUAAUCAGCCUGUAAUCCCUGUGCUGCUGAUGUGAGAAGUGAUGCUCCUUGCGACUCUAUCAUUUUCUCAUCAGUGCUCUCUUUGUCUCUGUCUCUGUCUCUCUCUUCCUCUACAUGGAGUCUGAGGGACUGUUGCUGCUCUGUGAUUGGGCCAUUGUUCUGACUCACUCACAGAGAAAGCCUGUUGGGCUUGUUUACAUGGAUUCUUGCUUCUGGGCUGCUGGCUAAUGCAACACCUUUGUUCUUUUAAUUGCUUGCUGUUCCAGCCACAGGCUAAAAGGAAUGAAUAAUUCCACAGUUAUAGAACACUAACAUUUUCACCCAUGUGAGAAACUCCCUCUCUCUGACUGUGAAUAUGCAGAUACACACAGGAAGGACUGUUGUGUGAACUUGUCAAGUGUUUGCCAAUCAUAACACACACUUGUGUUGACCCAGAAUUCCAACUUCUUCUUCAACGCAUCUGAAAAAGUUGGAUCUUCUCAUAUUCAAAGAAUACCAAUAUUUACAUCACUGAACAUCACCACGCUCUUGUAAACUGGGUUCGCCUCCUUUGAAGGAGGUGAGUCGUCACGCAACCACAGCACCAGAGGGAUGGAAGAUGGAGAGUCACAAGGAUUGUCCAGAACAAAGCAACCUAGAGAUAGCUGGAAAUAACUAAGGGAGUGCUCAAGUCUAUGCACACAGGUUCCAUUUUUGUAGUUGUAAAAAGAUAUAGGAUCUCAUGUUGUGUCAAUACCAAAAUAUCCUCAGUCAUUAAUAUAUAUAUGUAUAUACAGUAUAUAUUGCACCCUUCCAGUGCACAUGCAUCCCAGUGUACUGAGAGUGGUUUCAGCUUUAAUAUCGUGGCCCGCCUACUACUAGUAACAUGAAUUUAGAUCACUGACUCCCUGUUAUAUCCCGGGAAGUGAUCUGAAAAACUCAGCAGCUCCUUUGUCAGCAGGUGGAACUCUCUUUGUUCUUUUCUUUUAUAAGAGUGAGAGGACCCAAGGUUUUCUUUUUUCUAUUUCCAAUGAGUGAAAGAAAUAAGAAAAAGCAACUCCAGAUUUGGCUUCAAAUUCAAGUGCUGCAAAUAAAAAAGGAAAGACUGAGUGUGCAAAGAACUUUAGGAUGCUAAUUUGAAAAUGGUUAUCAUAACGGUUAUAAUUAGUUGUGGUUGAUGAAAAUGAUCCCAAAAGAACCUUACAGCACACCGCUUGCUUCUCUAGUUACACCAACCUCAGUAAAGAUUGUAGGAUAGCAAUACGCAGCGAUGUAAGUCUCCACCAAAAAAAAAACACUCUAUAGCCACAAAUAAUGCUCAGAACAGCACCAAACUUCAUCAACAGUACAUAUAGGGUCUCAGCCAUAGUUCUAGCCAUCGAACAUCCUUUAGCUUUGCCUGGUUUCUUUAGCAAAGAGACCAAACACAACUCACCCACUCUCCUCCAGCAGCUGCUUGUUUGUGGGGGAGCCCUGACGAGUCGAUCACCGACUGUAGCGAAGUUCCACAGCUUAAGGAAGAAACUUUAUGAUCAUUACUUUACGGAAAUGCAAUCAGAGUUCUUGUGUAUGUUGUAUGUGCACUGCAUACGCGGUAGUUCUUCUGCCUUAGCGUCUAGGUCUGAUUUUUUUUUUUUUUUAGAAAGAUUGGUAAUUAAAUUUCUUCAAAAGAAGACAUGUUCACGGUGUCAGUGGGUAAAAGGACAUUUUUAGGACCCUCUCUAUAUGAACAGAUAAAAAUGUCACCUCAUUUUCAUUUCAAUCUUCAUUGUAAAGGUAGAAUCACACUUCUAAGAAAUAACACUUGCAUUUCGGAUGAAUGCCGAAAACUGGGUGCUGUUAGGUAGAAAAAACUUGAAAUCAGUCCUGCUCGGUGUUAUUCUGGGCUGUGAAAACCUGCCUCCCUCUGCGCCUUUCAAAAACUGAGAUACAGCAUGUAACAACAGAGGCUCAAAGAGUUGCAUUGAUUAAUUGACAGAGAACACCGAGUUUAAUCUUCGGGUCAGAUUUCACUCUGCAGACUGCCACUGUGAAGCUCGGCCUCAAAUCUCUCCUUUCACUGUCAUAUCCUAUUCUCCUCAGCCGCAGAGCAGAAGAAAGUGAGUUAAUAGCUGCUCUCCAUCCGUGAGCUUCUCAUAGACGAUGGAUCAAUACUGAGAGGGGGGGGGGGGCGUCAGAGUGUGAGUCUUUUGGGUUUAAGGUAGGUAGGCGGGGGGGAAGCGCUGGGUGUUAGGAAUGAGGAGAGGCUUGACAUGAGCAGGAAACUGGGAUAGAGAGCUGCAUGUUGGGUGAUCAGACUCCCUGGCGGCAGGUUAAGAGGAGGGGGAAGAGGCAGGGGAGGCAGGGGUGUGGUGUGUGGGGGGCCUGGAGAUAAAUGAGGCAGAGUUGUCAAUAAAGAACAGCUCUUUAUCCUCCGUUAAAGCUCUAUUCAUUUCAUUACUGUCAGGCCUGUCUGCUCAAAGAGGUCUAGGUGGUUUUCCCAGGAUGCAUUUCGGUAUGAGGGGAACUUAGCGAGCUGCCAGGCCAAGGCGGGGUGAAAUGGGACGAGGAAGAAUGAGACAUGGGGCCAGCUGAGAUAAAAUGAGACAAGAUCAAUCACUGUGCCAGAAGAAAAGCCUUUUUCUGGUAAGUGAUAUCACAUACAGGGUGCCACAGCUUAGGGUUUGAGAAAUGACAGAGCUGAAUUGAUCCAGGGUUAUUUCAGCCACACAAAAGGAGGCUCUAUUGACGUAGGGCACACUGUUAUUGCCUGCCUCCAGUGGAUUGACUUCAGAAAGCAUGGCCGCUCCCAGAUACAGGUCUUCAUAGCCCUAAAUGUUAGUCUAAUAGGAGUCAGAGCAUUGUUUAUUGUAAAGUAUCCCUUUUUCCUGAGGUUUGACUCUUUGAAUUUACUUUGUCUGUCUCUGUCUCUGGUCAUUAAAUGUUUCUGAAACAUACACAUACAUACACAGUCUAGCACAGACAACUGUAUAAGCAUAUACUGUCAAAUUUGAUGUUAAAGUAGCAUCAUCAUCAGUAGUUCUAUAGGGAAUAUAGGAUUCAAUCUGUCUUCCUACAGUCUACAAAAUCCUUUUUUUUUGUGCAACCAUGAAGCUCUUUCCAGUAUCAUUUGUUAUUGCUGUACUGCUGCUUUGGUAUUUUAGCUCAAUAGAGGUAUUGUUUAUAGUUGUGUGAGGUACUGACAGACCAUUAAAGAACAUCAGUGAACAUUCUUUAAUGAACAAACUCAAUGUCUGCCAGCAUUUCUGGUGCCCUAGUCCACUGAUGUGGGCACCAUGGGACCAGAUUUGGCACGUCAUCCCAUGCCCUUUGCUUAUGCCGUGCCUCUCUCAGCAUGUCCUAUCCAAUGGGGACUAAGAAGUCUGUGGAAUAACCUUUAACACCAGAUAAAAAGAUCGCAUUGACUGCCCUGGUUGUUUACUUCAAAGUGGAGAGAUUUUGUGAGGUUCUCAGUUUAGUUAUAGUGGACUAUUGGCAAAUGAAUCUAGUAAUUUAGGAUUGUGUUUGGGUUAUGUUGUUGCUUUACACAGCCUUUUAAAAAUAUUAUUUAUCAUUGCCAUCAUGUGUAGGGUGUCACUAAGGAUGGGCGAUAUGGGCUAAAAAAUUUAUCAUGAUAAGAUUUGCUAUAAUGAUAAAAGUCCUGAUUAUUCAUAUAUAUAUAACAAUUCCAAUCUAUAUUUUUGACUCAUUUUGUCUUGAGAACACCAUUUGGAGUAGUCAAAUACGAUACUUCAACACAAGUUUAAGUGGUAGGUACUGGAGGAUUCAAAUGAUAUCAAACAAGUCUUAAAUGUGAAAACAUUUUCAACAUUUGUUAGAAACUCUUACUGCACAGAGUGAACAGCAGCAGAUCCACUGUCUGAUGUCAGGCAUACCUGAUUCACUCAUCUAGGCCCCGAUCUUGAAGGAAAUCCCUCAUGUGGAGCCUGGUUUAGUGUCAAGCUGCUCAGAAACCUCUUCUUCAUUACCUUCGACCAUGCUUGUUUGUUAUUCUACUCUGUGUGGGCUAUAUGGCUGCGAGUCCAUCUCUGGCACUUAGAUCAUCAACUUGCAUUCAUCGUAUUUAUCAUGAGAUGGCAAAUAUUUAUCAUGGAGGAUUUUUCCAACGAUAUAUCAUAAACAAUUCAUCAUUAGAUACCAAUUUUUACCUUUUAAAUCUGCACUAUAAUUCUGUACCCCAUUGUUCUGGCUCUUCAAAAUUGUACAGAUUUUGGUGAGAUUAUUGUGGAACCCAUCUCCUAAAUCCAUUUGACUAAGAUUUGCUUUCUUCCAUUAAUCCAUGUGGAUCAUCAGCAAGCAGCUGAAAAUGGAUUAAAACUCUUUCCAAUGCACUGAGUUGUGUAGUUGGACUCAAAUCAAACAUGCUGUGUAUGAGGAUCAUCAUGAAGGAGACUUGGUUUGGGUUCGAUGACUAAUCAGAACACGUUACACUCAUUUUCUUCCAGUCUGGUUCACUUAACAUCAUCAGUCAGAAAAGGGGAGCGUUAAAUGUUUUGUGUUGAUGAUUCAACUCUUUUGUUCUGUCAGUCAGACACAGCCCCUCUUAUGCAUUCAAAUUAUGACAACCUGUUUGUAUUAAAGCCCUGCAACCUUUUCCACAUAAGUAAUUUGUGUACUCAGUUUAAAAGCAACUCGCACAGCAGCAACAUCAUAUCUCAUAAGUGACAGUUACAAGGAAAUUGCAGAGAAAUUUCCUGAAAAAAUGUCAGAAUAAGAGAAGGAAAUUAUGUGUUUUUGCAAAUUGCUGCUUACAUGUUGGACAUUUGGUGGAAUUGGACCCUGAGAGUAUUUAUUUUGUGAAGUGUGACAUGACAUCAAGAAUCUGAGACACGGUGUGUUUUUUAAUGAUUUUUUGAGUUUUUGUGAACCAAGUCUAAUCAGAAUGAAUGUGGUUUACUAAGGUAAAUAAAAAAAAGCAAGAAUAAGUUAUCGUCAGGACUCAAGCAACCGUCUGAAUUGUGUUGCGGUCUUAGCAAUCCAUACUGACCAGUUCCAUCUUUAUGAUGCAGGGUUUACAGUUCAUUCACCAGCUUCUUGAUCAGACACAUAGACUGUAUAUAAGAUGGACAGCCUGGUUCCGCCUUCCGCCUGUAUACGGAUUUGAAGCCAAAAAGCUCUCCGUAAUUCCGGGUUUUUCUCCACUUCCUUGAAACCAGAGCUGCGCAGUAGCGUUGUACGCAGACGUUUUUGGCUGGGCGGGAGACACGGAGCGUAUAUCGGUUAACACAGUUUACUGCAGAACAACUCAUUUUUCCAAUGCAACAAAAGAGAAAAACGAUGGAAUUUUAUCCUCUUCUCCACUAGCAAACCCGAUUGGUCUUGACGAUGAACAAAAAAGUGCGACGCACAAGCGGCAAGUGCAAAGUGUAGAGAAUGACGCAAUUUCCUGUUUUUAUAACUUCUAAUAACUUUUUAAAAUGGAGCUGCAGAGAGAAAAAAAGACCUGAACACAAACCAGUCUAAUAAUAACUACAUGUCAACAUCGCAGUCGGGGGUGAGAAAAGUAUAUUUUCUGUGUAGUUAAUUUCUCAAGGCCGUCUGCCGCUCCAUUCACUUUGCUGGCAGAAGUGGGGUUUAUGACUUGUACUGCAGCCAGGCUCUAGGGGGUGCUGUUCUCGGAGUGGCUUCACCCGGCGAGGAGACAGACGGCGUCCAUCUUAUAUACAGUCUAUGAUCAGACAUUAUUUACUAUUCACAAGAAAAUAAAAGAAAGAUCUGAUGUAGUUCUUUAUAAAGGGGUUUGCCUUUUCUGUACCCAAAAGAGCAGAGGCAGAUGAACUAUGAAUCCAGAGUUUCCUAAAAUAUCCGUUGACUGCUCUGAUUUGCGAUAUGUGAGCUUCUGGGGUUGUUUGAAGUGGCUUUCUGAACGAACUUAUCAUUUAAGAAAGAAUUUUUUUGUGUUGAUGAGGCCAGAUGCACAGCUUGAUUAAAGUUUGUUUAAUUACAUUUGUUUUGUAGAGAUAUUCCCGCUGUGGAGACGAUACACAAUCCUAUCUCCCCUGCAGGCCUGCUUUAGAUAGAUUCACUGUUUGGAUUGCGUUUGAUUGUUUCUGAAGACUUAUCUCUAUUGGUUUAUGACAACUUAUCUUUAACUCCAUCCCACUCUUGUGCCUCUAAACUAAACACUCAGACACAUCACAGACUGGCUGUCUGUCAGGCCUGCAGAUCAUUGUGAUUGAUCAGUGAGAGGCUGUAUCCCUUUCAGCUCUGCCCACUGUGACUGCUGGUUUCACUCCAUCUGAAAACCUGUAUGAGGCAGCUGGACAGGGUUGUAGUUGUACCUGUCAUAAAGGUUAUCAUCACAUGGAACUGAUUGUAAGGGUUGUCUCAGCAUGAAAAACUUGCUAAAAGGCGGUCUGUAGUAUUUGCCAGUAACUUGAUAGUGGACUCUUUCACUCUGUGGACCACUUUCUGUCACACAGGUCAACAUAAAAUGACAGAGCAAGGUUCAGAGGACUCAGCUGUAUGUGUGAAACAUAUACACAAAGAAAACUGGUUCAACUCCAGUUCAUUGAAAGUUGGAACCCUGUGCGAAAUGUUGAUAAAAACUAAAUCAGAUGGUUUGGAAAGCAUAUUUAAUUGAAUCUGAAAAAUUGUUAUAAUUUCUGAAAAAAUAUCUUCAUUUUAAACAUAAUGUCAUUAAUUUUGUUCAGAGAUUCCUGCAGAUUAUCUGACUUUUUAAAUGAUAUUAUGUAUUGUAGAUAAUGAAAUCCACUCAUUCUUUCACAUUAGACACUCGGGAACAUUAUUAUGAAACUGUUGAUCUAUUAGCUCACGCAGUCUCUCACAGAGUGGUAAAACUUUUCCCAUCUUUCCUCCAGAGAGACUCAGCUUCUCUUAAUUAGUCUGAAGAUGUUCCUCCAUCUGUUUCUCUAGUAUUACUUUUUUUGCUGUUUUUUUUUUUUUCCUGUACCAGCUUUUUUUUGACAUUUGUUGCUUUAAUAAUGAGCAUCUCUUUUCCAUCAAACAAUGACCUAGCUUGGUCUCAAUAUUUGAUAUAUUCUCUGCGCUAUUUUCGAAUUGGAUUUGAGGUUUGAUUGAUUCGCAAACUACUAAAAUCUGUUUUAAUUAAGAUUCUUACAAAGCAGAAAAACACCUCACUGUUAAGGGGUUUAAAAAGCAGAAAUAAAGAGGGCCAUUGAUCAUGGCACUGCUGUCUGAGGCUCAUCCUUGAAGUGGUGUAAUGAAUGACUGCAGGUGUUGCCUUUUUUUUGUAAUUAAUAGUCCUUUAAUUGGACAAAUUAAUGAGCUGACAGAUGAAAUAUGGAAGCAGACAUGUGAGGAAAGCAGUCGUCUCCUAGGAAGAGACCAUUGUGAACCCGCAUAAUGAGGAAAAACUUAAAUAAGCCGUUCCCCCCUCUUCUCCAGUCUGCUCCUAUUCAACUGUUUUUUGUUCUCUGGGGCUUGAGUCACUGCAGUCGCUUUCAGUUUAGUGCAAUCAGUAAACAGUAGCUGAUAGAGAUUUCUCAUUUUGGAGAUAAAUAGAAUCUGUGUAAUCCCAUUCUGCUGUCUGAUAAGAUACAAAGCCUAAUUCAUAUCUUGUCUCUUCAAUUUCACAGGUUCCUGUGA